GGUAUGUUGUUACGACAGCGAGAUGAAACACUUUACGACAAGCAUGUGUGUACGGACGGAAAGCUUGUAGUGAGCGGGGUAGAAAUCUAUCGAGUUGCAUACUCUCAGGCUUGAUCAAAAUAUUUUCAAUAAUAGAGUUUUAAGCAGAAGAAAUGGAUGUCGGAGAGCUCCUGAACUAUCAGGUAGUGUUUUUGUUCUGCUGACCUGUGUUUUGGAACAGUGUGGAAGCUAAACACUUCAUUCAAUGGGCUGGUGGUUGAAAUAGCUUUGCAAGAAUAUUGGGGUAAACUUUGUCAAGCACGACUAAAUCAAGCUGGUGCUUUAUUUUUUAUUACUUUCUAAGGUAAACCGCGAGUCAGCUGAAGUAAAUUACCUUUGCUGGUCGCCAAACAAGCUUUCUGUAGCGUUUACAAAGGUUAGCAGUUAGCGUGCUAACAGGCUUACAUUAAGCUCAGGGGAAGGUCGCGACUGUUUUUGAAAUUUACAAGAAGUAUUAGAGGCUAAUACGGGUUAAAACAGAAUAAAACUUUAACCCAGCACAUUACCAGGUACAUUUCACAUUUGCUUGGUAGAUUUGGAAUAACUCGUUUGUCCCUAAAACAAACUCUUUUGGUUACAUCCCCUGUCCUGUGCACCAGUACACAUAGACAUUUCUCAUAAUUGUUGUUUUGCAUGUGUUUUUACUUACGUAGCACCUCACAGUAUCAUAAAUACUGUAGGUACUUAUCAUAAAUACAAAUUCUGCUGAAGAAAAAAACAUCUAAAAUGUUGCAUAUCAAUAAAACGUGUUUUUUUAUUUUGUAUAUCUACGUUUACUUGUUAAUUUAUUCUUUCAUUAGUUUGUUUAUUGAUUAAGAUGCAAUCAUUUUUAUCUUUCCAUAUUUUAUUUGAAAGUUUUAAUAGCUUAUCGUUGUCAGUUUUAUUAAUUUUAAGCUGUCUUAUCCUGUCAUAGUUAUCCUUUGGUGUUGAUAACUCAUCUCAGUGUUUAUAACCACAUCUUUGUUCUAGUGCAUAUUUCCGUAAACAUUUUAAGGUGCUUAUUAUUUCCUCCAUUUGAUUUCAGUUUUGACAGGUUAUUCUUUGUUUUGUUACAACUUUUUGAGUGUUUCCUUGGCCCCUGAACUUCUUUCUUAUUCUCUGCGUUCUCUAUCUGUGUGAAUCUUCAGACCAAAUCCAAGUAUGCCUUAUUGUAAUUAAGUUUGUCCUCUUCUUUUGCAGCCUGAUAGAGGAGCCAAGCGUCCCAGGGAAGAGGAUGGAGGAUCAGCUGGAGGAGAUGAAGACUCCAGAGGAGGGAAGCAGCAGAAAGGGAUGGGUGCCAGGGAGAUGGCCAGAUAUCGUGAAGCUGCGACGGCAGCAGGAAUGGAGUUUGGGGGUGAAAUGAGGGAGACAGAGGAACUGACUGGGGACAAGAAGAAAAUCCUGGAGAAACUGAUGGAUCAGGACGAAGAGGAGCCUGAGGUGGGGGAAAUAAUUUACAUGUACCAUGAUCAAUGGAAAAACUGUGACAUGUAGUUAUCACAAUAUAAACUUACACCAUUGCAAAAACUACCUACAGUGCAUUUACUGGAAGUUUGUACAGCCCACUUACAAAAGCUGACACACUGAGAUGAAAAGCUUAUUGCUGCACAAAUUAAUUAGUGCCAAACUGGUGUCAAAUGUGACAUAAGUCAGCACUUUGGCUGAAAAAUACUUGUUGUUAGCAGAGCACUCCUGCAGUUCAAAGAAAGUAUUAAACCCUAAACACAGCACUCUUUUGCACAGCUGUGGCCUCCGCCUAAAAAGCUUAGUUUUAGCUUUAUAUACAUAUGUAUAUGUAUGUAUACAUAUAUGUAUAUAUGUGUAUGUAUAUAUAUAUAUAUAUAUAUAUACCAUUAAGGUGAGUAUAUUUGUAAGUCAGAAUUGUAGUAAAUCACGCACAUAAACUACAAUCUCGCGUUUUUGUGCAUUGGGCAGAAAUUUGAGCGGCUUUCAUCCACUUUCUCUGAUUAUGACAAAAUAACAUUUACCUUGUGAUUUGAAAUUUUGCAUACACUUUGUACGGACGCCAAACUUUGUAACUUUGCAGUUUUUUUUGUAAAUGUGGAAAAGCAUGAUACCCCUCCUUUAACUGUUAAGGAACUGUAACAAACACUUACAUUGUGUUUUUAAGAUAUCAUUGAUAUCACCCUAUUAUUGAAUUUGUUAGAACUGUUUACUUGUAUGCUGAUGUAAUAAGACAAGUUUUUAGGUUUGACUGACAGACUCAUGCCUCCUCUCAUUUGCACAGGGGAGAGAUGCCAAAGCAAAAGUGUGACAGUUAUUCAUUUCCACGGGAAGUUAGACAUUUAUCUGUAACAUGUAGCUCUCUGAAAAUGCAGGAGUUUGCUCUCUCUGUAACUCUCUAUUGCAUUUUGUGCAUCUGUAUCAAGUUUACAAAAAUAUCACUCUGUUUGCCAUAAGUCCUGUCAUAUGUAGUUUUCAUAUGUAGUUUAAACCUAAAGUUGAACUCUUCCUGGCUCACAGAUAGGACUGUGUGAUAUUGACUAAAGAUAAUGAUAAUUGAUAGGCCUGUCGCGAUAAUCAAUAAAUUGCCUUAUCGCUCGAUAAAUAAAAACGAGGUCGAUAACUUUGCCAGCCUCGAUAAUUGACGUGCGUUUGUUUUCCUCCUCUCUCGCUACCAAACACGCUGGAUGAGAGAAGAGGUCUCACUCUGCGCAUUGUUCUCGGCACCUGGGGGCGUUAGCUCUAUAGCGGAAUGAACGGAGUUAGUGAACCCUCCUGUCAGUCAUUCAGUGUCUUUGUCACGAGGGGGCUGGCGCGCAUAGGCACACAGACACAGACUUUUUGGAUACAGUGCUGCAAGUGAGCGUCGUGAGUGAAAAGCAAGCUAACAGAAUGAACACGACAGCUUUGGUGUCUAAACCGAACGCAACAGCCCAAGUGUGGGAAUAUUUCGGCUUUAAACCAGUUUUGUUUUCGUCAACCACAAAACUCCACGUGUGUGUGUGCGCGCGCGCGUGCGUGUGUGUCUGUGUGUUGGAGGAGCACAGCAGGCUGAUGAGGGCUGUCAGAGCGGACUGAAGCUGCUCCUAUAUGUUUAGCGUUUAACUGACUGAGUUUUGCAACUCUGUUCGUCAUUUUCGUCUCGUCCCAUCAACGUAAACGCACUUUCGUCUCGUCACAUUUUAGUCAUCUCCGACUUAUGAUUAGCUCGUCAACGUUACGUCUUCGUCGUGGGAGAAAAGGGAAAUAUUUUAGUCAACGAAAACAACCAGUGUUGUUCUCGUGUGGAAAUUAAAGUUUAUCACUUUUGACACGGUCUACUCGCAUUAUUAUGCCAUAUAAUAUCAUUAUCUAUAAUUUAAAAAAUGGUGUCAAUAAUAUCGUUUAUUGGCGAUAAUUUGUUGCACAAUUAUCGUCCAGCAAAAUUUGUUAUCGUGACAGGCCUAAUAAUUGACAAUAUCUGCAUCCCUCCAGAAUCGUGUUUGUAAAAAAGGUUGAACUACUCUAAGCUGCUCUUGUUAAUAGUUUAUUAAAUGUGUUUCAUAAUAUCAAUAAAAACAGCUUAUUCAAGAAAAAAUAGUCUAAACUGCUAAAAAACAAGUACAGGGAAAAAAAAUCCAAAUCAAAAGAGUGACUGCCAAAGUUUGCAGACAGUUUUUUGUUUUCGCUUAUCCACAAAGCUUAUCAUGUUCCUCAUAUUUUGUCCUGUGAUUGAUUUGAGGUGAUGAAAUAAGGUAUUAGAAGAGCUGUCUUAAACAGCAACAACUUUCUGGAGUAGUAUUUUGAGCUAAUCUUGUCUUUUUGAAGCCACCCAGCCUAGCCAGCAAAAAUUAAACUUUAGGGAAGGAUCAUAGUUUAUUUAAAUCCACAGCUUUUAUCAUAAAAGUGUUAGACAAACUUAAUCCUAUAAUUGUUUUUAAAUUUGCGUCGAAGAUCUUGUACAUGUCGGCUCACAACUUAAAAAGCAAACAAACGACCCAGGAGUUCAAGUUAAGAAUGGACUAUUCAAUAGAGUUGCAGUCAGUCAUGUUUUCAAUUCUGGCAAGUUGAGGGUAAAACUCAGGAAGCACCAAAGCCCUUGUCAGAACCACUGGCACUAUAAUGAGUGGGGCCAAAGAAAACUUCACAUCUGUUAUCCUGUUCUGAAGAUUUUAUUCACCAUGUCAAAAGCUACUCAGAGCAAAGUGCUUCUCUUCGCCAUGAUGACAUAAGUUGUAAUUUCCUAACCUGUCAUUAUCUUUCAAAUGCUUUAGAGGGCUUUUAAGCCAGCAGGAGGUCAAACACUUUCCCUUUCCACUGAAAUGCACUCACAUCCUCUCACUCGAUUGUUUAAAACUCCUGGCUUCUUGCUCCACUCACAUAAUUAGUUUGACUCUGGUGUUUCUGUUGUGUCUUUUCAGCAGCAGCCUCACUUUGUAACUCCUUUAAACACUUUUCUUCCCCUGUUGGUCUUUUUUUCUUACCAAUGAAACAGGCAGAACCAGUGGAUGAAAGUUCUGUGAAGAAAAUGAUCCUGACCUUUGAGAAACGCUCCUACAAAAAUCAAGAACUGAGAAUUAAGUUUCCAGACAACCCAGAGAAGUAAGUCCAGUACUUUGAUUUCACAGUUUUACUGUGUUGUUCAUAUACAGUAUCAGCUGGAUUGCUGAAACGCUUUAUUGAGUCAUUCAAACCACAGCUCAUAUCCACCUCAAAUAGUGUCUGACACAUUGCAUCUAAGUCUUCCUAAAUAAGCUGCAUUGAGAACCCUCUUUUACUUCGAUUUGGUCUUAAUAUUGAAUGCUAAUAUGCUAACUGUAACAUCUUGCUCUUUCAAUCAGGUUCAUGGAGUCAGAGCUGGAUCUAAACGAUAUUAUCCAGGAAAUGCACGUGAUCGCCACAAUGCCGGAUCUGUACCAUCUGCUGGUGGAGCUAAAUUCCGUCCACUCGCUACUGGGCCUCCUCAGUCAUGAAAAUACUGAUAUCCUUCCACUUACAGAAACAUUCAUUAAUACAUUAAACCUGUGUUAUCUGUUGAUGGAGUUUAGUGGUUUCAGGUGAUGGUAAAAAGUUUGGGUAAAAAGACUAAAAACCAACGAUGACUACCAAGAACCAGACUGACCCAAAUACUAGAAAGCUUUUUCCUCUCUUGAAGUUCACCCGAAUGAAGUGGGAUCGUCUUGUAUCAGGGGUUUGUAUUCAGAUGUCAGUGUUUGUUACAACAGAUGAAGCCACUUUAUCCGUAGAGCAAUUGUACCCCUCAUGACUGAGGCUGGCUAUCAUUUGCCACUAUUUUGCCAGUGAUAUGAAAAAUGUUGCUGAAAAAGUAGCUGAAGAGUAGAAAAAGUAAGAAUAAACUUAUCCGAACUCCACAGAAGCAUGAAACAACCUGCAAACAGCUAUGAAAUAGGGUGUGAUGGUGGGUAAUGAAUCAAUCAAGUUUUGUUUCUGUAGCACCUUGAGUGCAACUCAAAUGAAACUCAGAGCAGUCUACAGCAAUUGAAAACAAUUUAUGUGUACAGGAACAGAAGAUGAUCCUGGAUCUAUAGUCGUUUACUAUCAAUAUUGUUUUCAAUAUUUUCAUUUUAGCAGGGGAUAAACAGGCCCUGGACAGAAAGCCAGAGGUAAAUUAAGGACAGUGAAUAAAUGAGGCUAUUAAGGAAGGUUUUCGUCUAUUCAUGGGAUUUAUAUAGAAAACUAAAAGUGCAGAAAACUGUUAUAUUUAUUAAUUCUCUCACAGUAAAGAGCAUUUUAAAAACUGCAACCAUGCAGUCUCUAUGUGCUUGUAAUGGUACAAUUUAUCAUCAGCGACUGAUUUAAAUGCCUUUGAAAAUCCUAAUCCUUAAUCUGACGGUGCCGUGAAUUGCGAUUGUCCUUAGCUUGAACCACAUGUUGCCAUAGCAGUGGUAGACCUGCUGCAGGAGCUGACUGAUAUCGACACACUCCAUGAGAGCGAGGAGGGGGCUGAGGUACUCAUAGAUGCUCUGGUAAGUUCUAGGAUUACAACAGACUUAAAAGAUAUUGAUGAAACAGCACUUUGGGGGUAAAUAUUUAACUUUCUUGGCUCCGGAGUCCCUGUCAGACAGAGAGGAUCAAGUAAUGAUUAAAAUGAACCCAAAACAAGGCCUCGCUGACUGAAAGACAAACAGAAACUUGAAGAUGUUUUUCCUCUUGGUGCUGCAGGAUUUUGUCUGCUGUUGUCUCACACUGGAGUCUAUCAAUAAGUAGCUGAAUAUUGAUAUGAGAUAAUCUCUUUUCAUCUGCAGAAAAAUUACUGAAAGGUUAUUUAUUUCAAAGUGAAGCUUAAUAAAAAUAUGUGACAGCCCAGGAAUAUCCCUGUAUUUGUGCUGACAUUAUAGUCUGAUAGAUUAUAAUUAAAUUGGAGUGAAAACAUGCAUCUACUUUGUGCUUUCUGCCAUAGCCUAAUUAUUUUAAUAGAACUUGUUUUACGCCUUUAGCUUUAGUGUUACUUGUGGCAAUUAAGUAAAUUUGAGGUCUAAUAUUAAAAGUGACAAGAACUUAUUCAUUGGAAAACAAAUUAAUAUAAAGUGUAAUGUCAAGCAUGUAAUUACAGCAGUGAUUUUUUACACCCCUUUCAGAUAUCUUUAGGCUUUUUGUCACCCUCCAUCGCUGUCGACUACACUUAAAUGUUUAACAUCUCUCCCUGCCCUUCUGUGAAUUUCUCUAUUUGGUCGUCCUGGUGAUGAGCCGGGACAGAUUUUGACGCCUCAUUAUGUGGACUGACAUUUAAAGCCACGCAGACAAAAGGUUAAACCACAAUAAUGUGAUAAUAUAGCUAAAACAGGGGGAAGAAAUGUCACUAUUUGGCUUGAAUUUGCCAAGUUUGACUCCAGAGUUUAUCCCAGGCAUCCAUCAGGGAUAUUAGAAGUUGAUUAACACUGCAGUGAUUUACAUGUUUGGUCUGCUAUGUCAGUUCUGAAUACUUUGAUUACUCGGAAAUUUAAGAGUUUGAGGAAAGAGGCAUUGUUGUAAUUCACAAAACUUAACGCAAAAUUAAAAUAUGAUGACCAGUUGGCAAGACAAGCAGUUUCAGAGAGCAUUUCCACAUAUGAGAGGAUCACCCAUGACUUGGACUGACUCACACGGUUCAGAGGAGUGGGAUGCGAUGUAGGCAGUUGUUUGGCUCUAAAUUGCAGCAAUUUUCCCUCCUCAUGGUAAAAAAGGGACGACUUUAAAGCCCUCUGCAGUGCCACAAACACAUCCUCAUUUAUCUGUUGUUGUUGGGUUGUUUAAGGGCGGACCAGGACUUCCUUGAUGGUUAAUGGGUUUUAGUCUAAGUGUUGAGUCAACUGUGUGCAUUUUAUAUAAUUUUCAAACCAAAGUUUGUAUAUUUUUGCAUCAAAAACUGAGCAAGUAAAAACCAGCAUCAAGGUUAUCUUAGUAAGAUAACUGAACACAGUAAUGAAUUGUACUUUCUCUGCCUUGUUCCUCUUACCUGCUGCAAUUUUGAUGCAUCUUCAGAUUCUCUCAGCUGACUUGCACUUACACUCACUUAAUAUCCAGCAACUGAAGAACAAAUGUGAGAUCUUGGGGUAGCACUGAGUUCGACAGGUACAGUGCCGUGUCCCAGGCAAAGUUAUGAGAACAUACAAGAUUCACUCAGUCUGUUUCUGCAUUUGCCCAAAACAUAGUUUUUUCCUCACGGUCUGCAAAGUUGCACUCAUAAGCAGAAAGGUGUUGCACAGGAGUGUUGAAAAGAUGCAAGGAUUACAGCAUGCUAAUGGGCUUCACAUAUGCUCGAGCAGUUCAGGUCAUACGAAAAGGUUUUGUGUGAGAAUCAACAUUUUCUAAUGAUAAGCUCUGCAUUGUUAAGUGCCUCAUUCACGCAUUGCACAUGUACACUUAAAUUUAUCAGAUCACAUAUUUUUGGCCAUAGAAAGCAUAUGUUUCACUGCGUCCUCUUUAUGUCCUCCUUCAUACUUUUUUGUAACACACACAUAGAAUAGACACCUUUUUAAUAAAAGGACCUAGCCUGUGUCGCUGCAGGCAGAUGUUGAGUCCUCUCAUCAGAAGUUUGGUCAUCUGUUUGAGGUACAGAUACAAGAUAGUAACUUAAUUCUGUGUCUUAUUAGCUCAGAUUCACAUUUGGAUCUUGAUAUUAGCAUGAUUUUGCCUUUACUGUGGUAUUACUCUCCUAAAGACAAGUCUUGAAUGAAUAUCACUUCUAAGUGUUUUGAGCAACAUCAUCAGGUUUUUCUUUGUUUGCUGGCUGGCUUGCUGGUCAAUAUCUUAAAGAAACAAUAGAGAUGACUGGACAGGUCUCAAAUACUCUUGAUGAAAAAUGACAGUGUGUGACUGGGAACAUUUUGUAAUGUUGGUUAAACAGUAGCUCAGGAGGCUCUGCAAGGCUCUCUGGAUACAAGCAUUACCUAAAUGCAGGCCAUUUACCAUGCAAUGAAGCGCCCAUUACCUCAUUCUUCUUUACAGCUUCUUCCAAGGGAAACAGUUUGAGGGCAGCAAGGCUUGGUUGAAUCCAUUUGUCUCUUCUCUUUGCUGUAAUGCUUCCAGCUCCUCUGUCCUUGUUGCCAGAAGGCCAGGUGGUAUCCUUGAUAAGAUGAAUCAAAAUGAUCCACGAUGGUCUCUGCGGGCUCAUAAAUCUGUGUCGACUGUCCGUCUUCUUUCAUCUGUAAAAGUACUUUCAUCUAGCCGGCUGGAACCCCGCAAGCUCUGUUUGGUUGGGUCUCCAAUCUUGACUUGACUGAUAACGCUGGAACAUGUUCGGAGAAGCUCAGACUCUGAGCGAGUUUCUUCUGCUCGGAUCCAAAGCUUGAAAGUGAACUUCUAUGUUUUCUUUUCCAAACAAGUUUGCCAGCUCCCCUCUGAAACAUCAAAUCAUUUUGCAGAUAAAGAAGCGGAUGAAGGAAUUUUGCCAUUGUUGGAAGUUGAAAGUUUAGGGAAAAGUUUUAAUUUGGUGAUAGUGAUUUAAGAUAUUGUUUGAUAUUGGUUUGUGUUGGAAAGUGUUGACCAAACCUUUUCAUGGUUAAAUUUGUUUGUGCUUCAACAGUUUCAGAAACGUCUCUGUCUGCAGCUUUAAACUGAAUCUAAAAACACUCACCAAGUUAUCAGUCCACUCACUUUUUUGAGUACACGAACAUUAUGAAAUAAAACUGGGUUUUUUUCUACCUAGAGGGAUGAAGUAUUUUUCUUCUUGAUUAACUUGAAUUUUGCUGCUUUUUGUCUUCAGUUGGAGGGUCAAGUGGUGGCCUUGCUGGUGCAGAAUAUGGAUCGUCUGGAUGAGCAGGUGAAGGAGGAGGCUGAUGGCAUCUUUAACACACUGGGUAAGGAGAUACAUAUGCAUCAAGGCUUUAAGUCACUGAAAGGACACUUGUUAUUCCUCAACAAGAUUUAUUAAAGGUGAUUGGAGCCAAAGCAACACUGCAUGUUAUAUUUCUUUUUCACCAAAGGUCUACUCUUUAUUCCUGUAACUGUUUUUCUCCUGGUUGGCUACAGUCACACUGCUGCCACCUGCUCAGUGUUCGCCAAGUACAUCUGAAUCGAGCAGCUGAAACUUGGCAUCCCGUGUUCAAACAUUCAUCAUCCCUUACACACAAUCCUAACCCAGUUAAACUAAUAAACAAAGCAGCUUCCAAGAAUGAAACAUUGGACAGAUGUGCUGCAAGGCUGUCGCUGUCCUGUUGUGCUGUGGCUGCUUAAAAUUACAACUGUGUACAGUGUAUUUUUUAUGUUGUGUGCUGUUAUGAUUUGUAAAAUGCUAAGUUUUUCAUUCAUCAGACAGGAAUUUGGGAGGAUAGUGGCUUAUGGCUUUUGUGGUUCUGAAAAAAGUGAUGUUGCUGAGUCACUGUAUCAAGGAGUUAAAAGUGGGGAUGAAUGCACACAAUAGGGAUGGGCGAUAUGGGCAAAAAAAUUUAUCAUGAGAAGAUUUGCCAUUCUGGCGAAAACGAUAAAAGUCCUGAAAAAGAAUGUUAUCAUUCCAAUCUAUAUUUUUGACUCAUUUUUUUUCAUGAGAACACCAGUUGGCGUAGUCAAAUAAUAUACCUAACCACAAGUUUGAGUGGUAGGUUAUAGAGAAAACUAAUGACAUCAAACAAGUCUUAAAUGUGAAAACACUUUCAACAUUUGUUGAAAACUCUUAUUGCACAGAGUGAACAGCAGCAGCAGAUCCAUUGUUCGAUGUUAGGCAAUGUCCUGCCUGCAAUCAUCUAAACCCCAAUCUUGAAGGAAAUCCCUCAUGUGGAGCCUCAUUCAGUAACAAGCUGCUCAGGAACAUCUUCUUCUUUACCUUCAGCCAUUUUUGUUUGUUAUUCUGCUCUGUGUGGGCUAUGGCUGCGAGCCCAUCGCUUGCGCUUACAUCAUCAACUUGCAUUUAUCGUAUUUAUCAUGAGAUGGCAAAUAUUUAUCUUGAAGGAUUUUUCUGAUGAUUUAUCGUGAACGAUAAUUUAUCCCCCAUCCCUAGCUCACAACUCUGAUAAGGAUUAUAUUAAAUUUAUUUCAUGUAGUUGUUGCAGAGUUGUUACAGAUAUUUACAGACAUCGAUGGUGUUACUCUUCUCUGUCAAAACUUUUAAGAGAUUAUGUUGCCCAUAUAUUGAACUUGUCGCAAUUUGCCCAUAUUAUGUAUCAACUGACUUCAGUUAUAUCAUAUCAAUACUAGUAUAUAUCCCACCUAAGGCAACAGCUAAAGUUCUGUGUGAUGUUCUUCAUCAUACUGUUGCUAGGAUACAGACUCCACAUCCUGAGGCACUUGUAGUAAUAUCAAGAGACUCCAACCAUGUCACCUUCUCAUCUCACCUGACUGGAUUUACAGAGUUUGUUAACUGGCCUACCAGAGAAAACAAAACUCUGGAUCUGCUGUAUGUCAACGUCAAAGAAGCUUACAGAGCCACUGCCUUAGCACCACUAAGGUCAGGUCAUAACGCUGUUCAUCUGCAGUUUAUAUGAGAUUCCAGACAAAUGAAUUUCCCUGCAGACGGCAGCUUUAUCAAAAUUCAGCCACCUUAAAACUUUAAGGUGGUUAAAACUUUCGUGAGUGCAGUGACAGGGAGUCCUCCUGGAGCUGCCACUGACGCUGCGCAGACAGUGUAAACUUACUACUUGUAUUCUUAAAGCUGAACAUUUUGUCUCCCUGCUGCCAAGUGUCCUGUUUUUUUUUUCCAGUGACAGCGGAGGAAGGCUGUCAAGGUCUUAUUUGACCCCCCCCCCCUUAGUUGUAAACUCUUUCGAAGUUAGCCACAGUAGUUACAGAGUGUUUGUCGAAAAGAUUAAACAGCAUUCAAAAAAGGUCUUGGAAAGGGCAUGGGCCAGCAGAUAGUCUGAGAAGUCCAGGUCUCAGUAUUUAGCCUCACAUGAAUCAGACUUUUCUGCCUCUCAGCUCUUUUUGUGUUGAAUGAGUCUACUGAGAUGAUAUUUUCUUUGUUGCCAGAUUGAGGCCGAGUAUCAGGAGGGCUGUUUAGGUGUGUAUUUGGCUCUGUGUGCAAGUGUGGGUUAUAUCGAGGGAGCGGUGCUAUUCAAGAUUGUGUGUGUAUGUGUGUGUUAUCAAGGGAGCUCUCCAAGCUUGAAUAAGCCUUUUGUCUGCCUUGGCUGCUCUCUGCUCUGAGCCUUCUGUCCUCCAGGAUGCUGUCUGUCUGCUCUGUUUGAAUCACUGAUAAAGGCCCUUCCUCUCCCUCCCUCAGCACCCUUCCUCUCCAUCUUUCGCUCAACAUUUCUCUAUCAUCUGCAGCCGCUCUCUCCAGAUUUUGCCUUUUUUAUUUUAUUCGUCUUAUCUCUUUUUAUUCCCUCCCAUCCCUCUCCUUCUUGUAUGUUUGUUAUCCUCUUGUUACGUCCCAUUCCUCAUCUUUGACUCGUCUUCCCACCACUUUGCCUCCCUUUUGCUUUUUCUCUCCAUUUAUUUUCCUCCCCUCUAUUCCCUGAAGUUUUUCCUUUCCUUUCUUUCAUCACCAUCAAUCUGCCCUCUCUCCUCUCUUCCUCCUCUCUUUCUUCCUCUCCGUACCCUCCUGCUGCAGUCUGCUCUGAUAGAGAUAUCAUGUGACAGAGACAGCUUUCUUAUGAUAAUAUUAGAAGUAGCUUGAACAGAGCACUGGCAGACCUUCUAUAAAAAGAUGACUGUUCUAUUUCACAUUUCUUUUCCUCUGAAGAGUUUUCACACUGAACUAGUGUGUGUUUAACUGGGACAGCUCUAAGGGUUUAAUUGGAGAUAUACUUUAAAUAAGUGCAAUAUUACUCCUGACUUUUCCCUCUGGAUCAGUUAGCAUGUCAGUCAUGAUUUCACUCUUGCAUCUGACCACCUGUGUUUGAGACUUGUUUGGGUUGGGAGUGCGGUGAGUGACAGCUCUAGACAAAUGUACAGUCUUAAGGCUAAAUUCCAGCGGGCAUGGCUGUAUCAUGUUCUGGCUGUGAUGCGACCUGCAUAGCUGACAGCGGGCACUCAAGUUAAUGCUUCUGCCAGCGCUAGAUUUGUCGCAGUGCCCUUCAGAAGGAUCCUAGAGGCAGCUUUACACUGUGUGCACUGCAUGAAACUGGUCCUUGUUAAGUGGUCUGACGCAAAGGGCAGAAUGUUUGUGGACAGAUGUGAAACAUGGGGUCAUCUAUGUGGUCAGUUCCAAUAAUAACACUCUGCAGGCUGAUAAUCCUACAUUUUGACAUGAUAAGGAGCAGACUGAUUAUCCACGCAGGCCAAUUAUUUGGCCCGAUAAGAUCAAUUUAUUAAAAAAUGUGCUACCACAACAUAUUCUGGUUGGCUUAAAGUCGUACUAGCUAACUCCUGUAUGUUAAAUUAUGGUUCAGUUCUUAUCCAACAAUAGCUAAAGGUGUUUAAACAAAGUUUGGGUAAUAGUUUGUCAAUUAAAAAAAAUCUAAAUUUGACAGAAAGUUUAUCAUUUUUUCUGUUAAUGCAUACUUUUUUCAAGUAUUGGUUAUGAUGAACUUUUUAGAAUUGGUGUCGGUGUCGGCCUGAGAAAACCAAUACUGGUCAACCUCGCAACAUCAUAUCAACAUUAUGUCAGGUGCUAGGGGUGGGAGGAAUAUUAGAUACGACAUAGUAUCGCAAUAUUUUGUCUGGUGAUAUAUCGAAUCCUCUCAUUUGCCAAGUAUUAAUUUUUCAAAUUAAUACUAAAUAUGAAGUCAAAUCUAUGAUGAUGGAAAAAUAAAAUCAACUGCUUGUCCAGUGAGGUUGGCAGAGGUGACAUCAUAGAGCAGAAGAGAGUUAUUGCAACAAGUAUAUAUGAGGUUAGCAAGAUGUUCUAAAUGAAAAUAAAAUGCUAAAUUAGCUAAACAGUUGAAAAAAUUGUAUAAAUCGCAAUAUAUUGUAUCACAAUACUCACUGUAUUGCAAAAUGUUAAAAAUCGCAAUAAUAUUGUAUUGUGUCCCAAGUAUUGUGAUAUCGUUUCUUGGGGCCACUAGUGAUUCCCACCCCUAGUGGAUGCGCAAAACUUCUGGGAAAACUUGCUAAACUAACUUACUAAAUCUAAGCAAGGCAGUCAAGUCAUUCAAGUUUUCCAGCUUCUUAAAGGUGCUCUGCAGAGGAGAAUGGUAAACCAUGUUGCAGACCACACUUCAGUUAUUUCCCCAGUAAAAUCUCAACAUCAGUGCUGCAUUUUUUCCACAAAAGCAUUUAUCUUAAGUUUGUGUCCCAUACUUCAAAUUUGGAUAUGUGUUUGAUUGACAUGCUUUGAGAAGGCCGGACCCCGUAAAUGAAAGGUUAAAUUCUGAUUUUUUUUUAUAUGUCCUCCUCAGCGAUCAUCGAAAAUAUGGCCGAGUUUAGACCAGGCCUGUGCACAGAGGCAGCUCAGCAGGGACUCAUGCAGUGGCUGCUCAAGAGAAUCAAGGUAAGAAAGCAGGAACUUCAAUACAAGCGUUCACAUCAGCGGCGUUUCACCAUCCUGCGAUAUUGCGGCAUUUAUUUUUUCGUAUCACGGUCAAAUUUUCUAAAGUUUCACAUACUGUGUGUCCACUUCUGACCAGUCACAUUUCGUGUUGUUGCGACGUCAGAUUCACCGGUAUAUCCAACAUGGCCGACCGGCUGAUUGUUUAUGUGUCGCAGAACAGAGUGCUUUUUGAUAAAAGACACACACAUUACAAAGAUAACGACCUGAAGGACAACUUGUAGAGAGUCAUAGCAUCGGAUUUCUCAUAUGACGAUAGUUUGUGUGCUUUAACAGUUUGCUAAAGGUCUUUGUUUUAACUUUCAACUGUGCUAAGUAACUUUAGCUCAUAAGCUAACCUGUUCAGAUACAACAUACCAUAUGUAUUUUCACUGUCUCACACCUGAGUUUCAAGUGUGAUUUUUCCCUCUGUCAAAUUGGAAGUAUUGCUUGGCUAAAUUGCCUGUAGAGUGCUGUGCACUUUGUGUAAAGCACAGGAAAAGAUAGCUAGCAGAGGAUGGUUUCGAUCCAUCGACCUCUGGGUUAUGGGCCCAGCACGCUUCCGCUGCGCCACUCUGCUGCAAAUCACCCCAGAUAGGACUCAAACCCAAAAUGCCUGGUUUAGGAAGCCAGUGCCUUAUCUAUUAGGCCACUGGGGCCUGUUAAAGGUGUUUGCCUGUGCUGUCCACAUUCAGUGUGCUGUAGUUGUGAGACAACAAGCGUUAGAGAGGAACCAUGAUUUUUGUCUAAACUUUGUUUCAUUUUUACCUUAAAGGUUGAAUAUGGAGAAUGUUUUUUAAGUGCUAUUUUUUUCGAUACAAAUAAGAACAACAAGAACGAACAAUAAGAAUAACUGUACAGGCACCAACCCGGGGAGCAAUAAGUAUUGCCACCCCUGCAUGGUGCCUCUCACCAGUGGCAACUGCAGGGUAGAGUAGAAGAGAGUCCAACCUUACUCGAGAGGGCUGGUUCCAGAAGCCACACUGUGUGGAGGUGAGUCCAAGGAUCGGACUGCCAAGGUCCCCCCCUCUUCUGCUGCAAUACUCACACUGCACUCUACUCCUCUGGCCCCUCCUAUGGGCCUCUACUGGCUGUGCCAGGCCAGGCCACCAGGCGCUUGUUAUUGAGCGCCACUCCCAGACCUAGGUCCAGGUGGUGGCCCUGGUGACCUGUGUACGGGCCAAGGAAACACAUUAUCAAGUAUUGUAUUCUUCAUUAGGUUCGUAUUUGGGCUACCCUUAGUCUGAUCCCUCCCCCAGGAACUGUUUGCCAUGGAUGACCCUAACAGAGGCAUAAAGCCCCCGACAAUUUAGCUCCUGGGAUCAUUGAGACACGCAAACCCCUCCACCACGUUAAGGUGGUAGCUCGAUGAGGGGAUUUUUUUUUUGUAUUUGUAUUUUUGGGGGGUUUUUUUGUAUUUUUUUUUUGUUUUUUUUUAUUUAUUUUUUAUUUCUAUUUUUUGUUUUUUUGGUUUGUUGUUGCUUUUUGGUGUGUGUGGGAAAACCGGAGCUAUCCCGGAGGAAACCACACAGACACAGAGAAACAUGUUAAGUCCUGACUGACAGAAAGCAGUCGCUUCAGUUUGUCAGGACCUGACAUGGUCCUCUGUGCCUACCUAUUGGCCUGUGAUGGCCUGUGUGUGUGUGUGUGUGUGUGUGUGUGUGUGUGUGUGUGUGUGUGUUUGUUUUUAUGGUGUGGGGUUAGGGGUUGGGGUUUUUCAUCUUUUCAUCCUUCAUCUGCUGCUUGUAUUGGCGCCGAUGUUUAGGAGUCAAUCCCUUUUUAACCCUCCUCCACCAGGAGAUCUCCAUCUGAGGUGUUUCUUCGAUGGUCUUGAGUGUUGCUCCAAAGAUCUCCAUCUCAGGUGUUUCCUCGAUGGUCUCAGGUGUUGUUUUGGAGACCUCCUCCAUCUCAGGGAUUUCUUCCAAGGUCCCGGGGGUUGCUCCAAAGAUCUCCUCCAUCUGGGGUGUUUCCUCAAUUGUCUCGGGUGUUAUUUUGGAGACCUCCUCCAUCUCAAGUGUUUCCUCGAUGACUUCUGGUAUUGAGCUGCAGAUCUUCUCCAUCUCUAUGGAUUCUUUGAUGGUCCAGAGUGUUGCUCCAGAGAUCUCCAUCUCAGGUGUGUCUUCGAUGGUCUCAGGUGUUAUUUUGGAGACCUCCUCCAUCUCAGGGGUUUCCUCGGUGACCUCGAGUAUUUUUUGGAGCUCAACUAGGCCCCUGCGCAGGGCCUGACAGACCUCUUCCUGGUCUUCUAGAUUGGAUGCCAGUUUGAAGCAGGUGCUGUUUGCUUCUGUCAGCUGACUGUUUAAGGUCUCCAGCUGAUCUUCACAAAACUUCUCUCUGCUUUGGGCCUCUCUCUGCAGCUCCCUCACCUUCUGUUUCAGAGACUCGUUUUCUGUUGUCACCUCCUCAAUCAGCUUCCGUUCUUUGCCAUUUUUGUCCAGAAGCUGAUGCCUGACUUCCUCCAGUUGUGCCAUGAGGUCGUCAGCCAUCUGCCCCUUUUCCUGCAGAAGAAUAUUUUUGGAAGCUACAAUAUCAAGGGUCUCUUGAAUCUUGGUGAGAUAAAUUGAUUCAGUCUUUGAAAUCUCCUCUGCCCUUCUUGAAACUUUACCGCGGAUUACCACGGAAUUAUGAAGAGGGGUCAGGUAUACCUUGCUUACCUCCUGCUGUUUUUGCUGAGCUGCUGGCUGAGUGGGGGGCUGUGUUGGUUGUUUUUGCUGGCAGCUGCUGUUAACCUGAUGGACUCCCAGCUGUCUUUGGUUAGAGGCCUGGUGGUUAACCAGGCGGAUUACCACGGAAUUAUGAAGAGGGGUCAGGUAUACCUUGCUUACCUCCUGCUGUUUUUGCUGAGCUGCUGGCUGAGUGGGGGGCUGUGUUGGUUGUUUUUGCUGGCAGCUGCUGUCAACACUGGCCCCUGGCAUUGUAUUAAUCAUCUCCACAUCCUCCAACUCCAUCAUAUCUGCCCAGUUCAUGGGCUGUGUUUCCUUGUUGUUCUGCAUUGUGGUUUGUAAAUGAAGAACAGUGAAAAAAAUCUCUCAAGUCUUCUGGACUGGUCUCUUUGGAUGGUCUCUGUAGAUGCUCUGUGUAUACAGUCUCUGUAUACUCUCUUUGUAUGCGGUCUCUGUAAAGGUUCUCAGUAGAUGCUCUCUGUAGACGGUGUGGUCUCAGAUCAAAUCUAUGGAAUAACAAGCUGUGGCUCGGCUCAUAUAUAUCGACUCUAGAUGCCUUCGAUGAUGAUGAUGUCAUUGUGACAUCACUCUAAAGGGCUUUGAUGAUGUCAUUGUGACAUCACAAUUCUUUUCCCUUGAUUUUUUUUCAAAUGUAAACAACUUUAUUUACAACAUAUCCCAAACAUUACAGCAUUAAAACGGGGCUCGAGGUAUGUUAUAAUCACAAUGAAUUGCAAUUAAAUUAAACAAAUAUUGACAGACCAGUUACAAUAGGUGAAGAGUAAAACAAAAUUGUAAAUCCAGUUCAUCAUAAUGAUGAACUGGAUUGUGUUGACUGUCUGUGAAGUCAUAAAAACAAAAUGGCUGCCCAGCUCCAGUGGACUGCUCAACCCAACACUUUUUUUUUGUAAACAAAUUUUAUUGAAAAUUUUAUUGACAUUUUUAAAGUUUCAAUACACUAUGGUGACAUACCAUGCUUUAACAAUAAAUCUGUAAAUAAUAUGUAUAAAUAUAUAUACAUAAAUAUGUGUAUGUAUGUAUGUAUAUAUGUGUAUAUGUGUAUAUAUGUAUAUAUGUGUAUAUAUAUGUGUAUAUAUGUGUAUAUUUAUGUGUAUAUAUGUGUAUAUAUGUAUAUAUGUGUGUGUAUAUAUGUAUAUAUAUGUAUAUAUGUGUAUAUAUGUAUAUAUGUGUAUAUAUGUGUAUAUAUGUGUGUAUAUAUGUGCAUAUAUAUGUAUGUAUAUAUGUGCAUAUAUGUAUGUACUGUAUGUAUGUACAUAUAUACAUAUGUAUAUAUACACUCACCGGCCACUUUAUUAGGUACACCAUGCUAGUAACGGGUUGGACCCCCUUUUGCCUUCAGAACUGCCUCAAUUCUUUGUGGCAUAGAUUCAACAAGGUGCUGGAAGCAUUCCUCAGAGAGCUUGGUCCAUAUUGACAUGAUGGCAUCACACAGUUGCCGCAGAUUUGUCGGCUGCACAUCCAUGAUGCGAAUCUCCCGUUCCACCACAUCCCAAAGAUGCUCUAUUGGAUUGAGAUCUGGUGACUGUGGAGGCCAUUUGAGUACAGUGAACUCAUUGUCAUGUUCAAGAAACCAGUCUGAGAUGAUUCCAGCUUUAUGACAUGGCGCAUUAUCCUGCUGAAAGUAGCCAUCAGAAGUUGGGUACAUUGUGGUCAUAAAGGGAUGGACAUGGUCAGCAACAAUACUCAGGUAGGCUGUGGCGUUGCAACGAUGCUCAAUUGGUACCAAGGGGCCCAAAGAGUGCCAAGAAAAUAUUCCCCACACCAUGACACCACCACCACCAGCCUGAACCGUUGAUACAAGGCGGGAUGGAUCCAUGCUUUCAUGUUGUUGACGCUAAAUUCUGACCCUACCAUCCGAAUGUCGCAGCAGAAAUCGAGACUCAUCAGACCAGGCAACAUUUUUCCAAUCUUCUAUUGUCCAAUUUCGAUGAGCUUGUGCAAAUUGUAGCCUCAGUUUCCUGUUCUUAGCUGAAAGGAGUGGCACCCGGUGUGGUCUUCUGCUGCUGUAGCCCAUCUGCCUCAAAGUUCGACGUACUGUGCAUUCAGAGAUGCUCUUCUGCCUACCUUGGUUGUAACGGGUGGUUAUUUGAGUCACUGUUGCCUUUCUAUCAGCUCGAACCAGUCUGGCCAUUCUCCUCUGACCUCUGGCAUCAACAAGGCAUUUCCGCCCACAGAACUGCCGCUCACUGGAUAUUUUUUCUUUUUCGGACCAUUCUCUGUAAACCCUAGAGAUGGUUGUGCGUGAAAAUCCCAGUAGAUCAGCAGUUUCUGAAAUACUCAGACCAGCCCUUCUGGCACCAACAACCAUGCCACGUUCAAAGUCACUCAAAUCACCUUUCUUCCCCAUACUGAUGCUCGGUUUGAACUGCAGGAGAUUGUCUUGACCAUGUCUACAUGCCUAAAUGCACUAAGUUGCUGCCAUGUGAUUGGCUGAUUAGAAAUUAAGUGUUAACGAGCAGUUGGACAGGUGUACCUAAUAUAGUGGCCGGUGAGUGUAUGUAUAUAUGUAUGUAUAUGUAUGUAUGUAUAUAUAUGUGUGUAUAUAUGUUUAUAUAUAUUUACUGUAUAUGUAUAUAUGUGUAUAUAUGUAUAUGUCUAUUUAUUUGAUUAUUAUUAUUAUUUGUCUAUUUAAAUUUUAAUCUGAUUCAUCAUGAUGAUAGAUUAAUCCACUAAACGUUUUAAUAAAUGUUGCUGGCAGAGCUGUGUAACAUUUUAUAUGCCUCUUCCCUUGGCCAGUUUGCACUUGCAAAAGAGACCCGUCUCAAUGUGAUAUUACUGGUUUAAUAAAGGUUAAAUAAUUUUAACAGCAGUGAAAUGUAUGUGUGUGUUUGUGUGUUUGAUGUAAAAAUAAAAAUGGGCUUACUUUCUUGUAGUUUAAGUUUAUUUUCUGAGAUUUCAGUUGUUUGAGAAAGUGUUUCCUGAAAAUGAUUCGUAUUUGUAAUUUGCUCUCUUCUACCUCUCCUCUCAGGCAAAGAUGCCGUUUGAUGCUAACAAGCUGUACUGCAGUGAAAUCUUGGCUAUCUUGCUGCAAAACAAUGACAGUAAGUGUGUCUCGCUAAAUGGUCGGUGGUUUCCAAAUGAUGCUAAUUUAUCAUCUGCUUUUCCGCCUCCUCCCCUGAGCUUCCUCAAGCAGGCCCUGUUUCUUUCCAUUUUCUUCCCUCUACAAGUCUCCACCUCUCUCUUUCCAUUUUUCCUUUUCUUUUUCCUCCCAGGUCCCUACUUUUUUCCCCUCCUCCUUGUCUACUUGCAGUCUCCUUCACCCUUCCUUCCCUCACUGAAACCCGGUACUGCUUCAGAUAGCCACAGGACUAUCAGGUCCUUGGACAGGUUUUCAUUAAUGCUGAAAACCAUAUUCAUAUUCAGAGGGAGUCGUGUUUCACUUUCUCCUACACUUCAGCUUGUGUUGCCUCUGUUAAUCCUCUCCCUCCUGCCCUUCAAAAACAAAAUCUAACUUUAUGAAAAAUGUCUUCCAUGUGAGUAAUGUUCCCCAUUAAAAUACUGCCAUUCACUUGAAGUAAGAAAAAAAGGAAAAUCACAUGACUGCUAUUAAAAUAUAACAAUUUGGGAAAAUCCUUGAUGUGCUAAUUUGAAUGUAAUUAUCACUGCCUCUUGUCAAAUCAGACUUAAAAAGCCCCUCUGAAGGGUUUAUAUGUGAAAAUACUCAUGCAGCAAAUGAGAACAUUUGAUCCCAACUAAUUAAGACCCUGUAGAUUUACAAUUUUUCGAAUGAAAUUCUGUUGCUGGUGACGGAAACUUUGCAGCACAGAGAAAGUCAAAUGAAUAGCAGAAAGUAAAAACUGGAUGAAACAUCAUGCUGAUUCACAGGAUUUCCUCACGUUUAAAGGACCUCCAUCAAGACAAGAACUUAAGGGUGCUCUCACACCUGGAUCAAGCUGUUCUGAAAUAGAGUUGUGUCCCUCUUUGGCCUGGGUCAUUCUGACAUAUGUGAACACAUUAAUCAUAACUCCAAGAUUGCUAGAAAAGUGGUUUGCCUUGCCCCAGUUAGACCGCAAUCAACCCAGCAACUAGAAAAGCUGCAGCAGCAGAUAGUUUGAAGUAAUGAGCAGAAAAAAGGCAACAGGCCUCCAGUUCAGAAGAGCUGGUGCUGAUUGUAGCAACAAUACUGAGCUUGACAACAGCUUGUGGCCAGCGAUGGGUGUGGAGAACCAUUAUUUUUUGGUACCAGUCUGUGAUUGGUUAAUUUUGAAUGUACUGUUAAGCUAAUGGACAGACGGCGUGUUGUGUCUUGAAGUAGGAAAUGAUAACAGUGUGGUCUUUCAUUUAACCCUCAGUUCCUGCCAUUAAAACUCAAACCCUGCAGGUUCCUCACUAAAUCAUUCUCAGAGAAGUUUUAGUGGAUCUUAAAUGCUGAAGAAGUGUGAUUGAUCAGUGUACAAAGUGUGACUGCAGCCUCAAUAACCUUUGAAUUCACUAAAAAGUAGACCUGUUUUGUGUAGGCGUAAAACCAUUUACAGUAAUAACUCCUGUGUGAAUGUAGCUGUGUGUGUCCUCGUUUUUCUACAUCCUCUGGAGGUCCCUUGUGGCCAAUGUGUUGUCAGUGUUUUGCUCAUCAUGUGUCAUUGUGGCACUACUGUCACCCCCCCCCCCCCCAUUCUUUGACUGUUUCCUUUUUUCUCUCCUUCAUUUAUUCUCUUAAAUUUUCCCCCUGACUGUUGUCUCUUCUCACAGCUGCUCCCUAAACGUCUGUUUUCUGCAGCAAUCUCAAUUUAAUCUCCCUGAUGUCCUGUUCGUCCAUUUUUAUCUCUUCGUCUUUCUGUUUUUCCACAGAUACUAGAGAGCUACUGGGAGAGAUGGAUGGCAUUGAUGUGCUGCUGCAGCAACUUUCUGUAAGUUUUGCCUUUUGCUCUUUGUUUCUGGUUUGCCCUACCAGGUUGUCUGUUUAAGUUUUGUAUUUACAACUUAGUUUUUUUAUUACACCGUGAGCAUCCUCUGACUCAAGAUUGUGGGAUAUUACUCUAACCCUGAGGUUUAGACUAUUUAUAACCUGAGGCUAACUCGAAAGCCCAAUACUGCAGCUUCCUCUGUCUUUGGUCCACCAGUCAACUGGAAGUACUUAUGAAUCCGCCACGCUAAGUGAUACAGCCCUUAAUGUGGCUCAGAGGACAGAAGAGAGAGGGGCUGAUAUGGACCUUAAAACAGUCCCUAAGGGGGUCUCAACUGCAUAAUAUUAAAGUUUUCUAGCUGAUCUACAAUUAUCUAAUUUUUACAGUAUCCUGUUUUAUUAAAGUUACUACAAUUACACAUGUGCAGACACAAAGAGCUGACUGACAGCUGAUCCAGCAAUGAUCAACUGAUGCAUGCUUUAUAAGCGGGCACUACUUCUGGAGGAAAGCAUGGCUUAUCCUCUCUUGGUUUUUGUGUACCUCUUUAUGCAUCUCUGGUGGGAGGGACUUAAACCCAAGUGAAUGGUGCAAAUCAGGGUUGCCAGUGUGAAACGUAAGAGCGAUGAGACAUAGCCUACUUUAGCUCUCUUCUCUACUAUGUUCCCUCUGAUCGACAUGUAAUCGGCUGUUAUAGGUCAUCCAUAUAAUGGUUUGUCUCACCAAAGUCAGUAGGUUUUUUCCUCACGCAGUCUAUCUUUCUCCCAGUUUUGAUACAGACCUGCCUGAUUUUUUCAUCCUCUUACUCUAUCCUCUCGGCAUUAAAGCAGUUCAUACACCUCACAUUUAUAAAAAAUUCAAACAAUUUUUAGCGUGCUUUUUUGUCAUUUCCCCCAUCAGGUCUUCAAACGUCACAACCCGUCCACAGCUGAGGAGCAAGAAAUGAUGGAGAACCUCUUUGACGCUCUAUGUUCCUGCCUUAUGCUGCCAGCCAACAGGGACCGCUUCCUGAGAGGCGAGGGGCUUCAGCUGAUGAAUCUCAUGCUGAGGUGAGGCCCCAGCACGUCGUAUGAAAUGCUUGUAGUUUGAUUCUCUCACAGGAAUUCUCUUAUGGAAAUGAACUACAGUUUUGAGUUUCGAACAUGUAGUUUUCCUCACCGUUGCCUCUGUGGAAGUGUUGCUACAUUUCUUACUGUGUUGUUAUCAGGGAGUCGUGCAGAACAGGCUGCAAGUUUCUUUGAUUUUUUCCCACGUGCAAAGACACGUGCCCUUGAAGGUGAUACAAACUUAAGGAGACUGGUGGAGAGAAUUGCUCUUUAAAGAAUUAAUGUUAAUGUCAGUGAAGCAGCAGUGAAGCAGACAAUGUUAUUGCUGUUUGUAGUUAGGCCCCAUAGGCCCCUUUGUAGCAGUUGAUGGUUCAGAUCCCUGGCAGUAACCCUCCGUCAAAUGUCUGUCCUCGCUCCUUACCACCCACAUUCCCAGAUUCCUCAGAAUAAUACCCCCCCCAACAAAAAGGUCAUUUUCUGUAGGACUCUUUUCUCAGAAGAUUUCAGACAUGUUAAUUUUGGCUCAAGUCUUUCCGGGGCAAAAAAGUUGGCCAUAUACUUUGGUAGAGUGUAUUUGCAUGGAAGAUUAUGCUGCAGCCGUUCCAGCUCCUUUUUCAAACACUAUCUUUGGUGCUUGUAAGUUGAUUAGAUAUGUAAAAUUAGACCUUGGUUGAUUUAAAGCAGAAAUCCUUUUUUGGAUAAUCGUUUAAAUUCGGCUUUAAUAGUGCAGGUAUUUUUUUAACCCUGUUGAAAAAGUUCUGUAACUUUAAUACUAGAGCUGCAUUUGCUGCAUAAGCAACAACAAAGCUUGAAUAACUUAAAAUUGAAUCAUCUUGGUUGAAGAUAAAAGAAAAAUUUUGUUUCAUUCAAUAGCUGAGAUUAUAGAUUUGUUUUCACACAAUUUUAGAGACACAAAUGCAUAAUAUGACAAAUAUCGCCGCUAAAAUAAUCACCUGCUACCACUUUGCUGAAGUGCAGCAAGAUGGAAUUCACAAUAAAAUGCAGUAAGCGCUUCAGUGCUGUAAGAAAUUCAUAUUUAGAAAGAAAAUCUGCAGUUAUGAGCUCACAGAACGUCUCCAGAUAUAUGAUCCGGCCCCCACAGCUCAGUUAUGAACUGUUUCUUCUUCCCUGAGCUUUCUGCACUGUGAGUCCCCACAUCAGAACAGGCUGUAGUUCAACACAGAAUAGCACAUCUUUCUACUCUUACGCCCAGUGAGACUCCUGCCCCAAUCAAUCAACAGUUGGUGGAGUGCAGCAAAUGCAGAGAUGUGACCUUAAAGAGUCAUAAAGACACAUCACGCGUAUUUAUGAAACCUUCACAGCCUCUGCACCCCUGCGCUGAUAAUCACAUCUCUCGUCACGUAGAUUUAAGGCCUGGAUCAAUAUCUCAUUAUUGGAAUGCAAAAACACUUUUCUGUUAAAUCAUCCACCAGGGAAACAUGGAAAAAAAGAAGAGGAGAGGAAAGAGAGGGCAGAAUGAAUGCAGAAGUGGCUGUUUUAAGCUCUUUCCGGUACUUGUUUACUGCAUAAAUAAAUGCCUGUAUUUUAUGAAUCAUGCAUAUGUAUCCUGUUUGGAAAGUUAACCACCAUUUCUUUUUUUAUCUCUCUCCACUGAGUUUACUAACUUGCACAAUUUUUGCGAUGUACUUAACUGACCGAGUUACUCUUCAGCUUAGCAGAGUCUCUGGUUUUGCAGCGUAUCCUUCAUUUCCAGAUUUUUAAAAUUCAUCAGCUCAAGCUUUCAAACCAAGACAGAAUACAGGUGCCAAAGAAAUGGAGAAUAAAAAUGAGAAAGUAGAAAAAAAAGGCAUCUCCACUGACUGAGACGCGUUUAUUAGUUUUCCAUCAAAACCUCCAUUUCAAUUCCAACCAGGCCUCCCCAACUUUGUGCUACAUAUGGAUUUCACACCUGCUGUCUUGAUGAAUUCUGGGUACAGCUGAAUGUUUGUCAGACUACAAACUUUUUCCUGAAGCAGAGCUGUACUUCUGCCAUCUUGUUCAAGUUUCAUUCACGUAGUUCAUGACACAAUGUUGGCUAAUACGGGCAGUUUAAGUAAAGUAUCUUUCAAGUAGUAUUCACACAUGCUUGAAACUCCCGACAUCUUGCUGAAGUAUUUGAGGUGGGCUGCAUGUGUGAACACAAACAUGGAGAGCUUCGUCCAGGAUUCCCCCUGCCAGCCCCUCCGUAAAAUUUCUGCAGAAAGUUGAGUGAAGCCUACAUGAAGCAGGAAAUAUAAACAGGUAGAGCUGUUGCAUUACACAAUAAUAUUGACAAUAACCAUCUUUGAAGAUUUAUAAUGAUAUCAUGCAACCCAUCUAAACUUGUAAGAGUGAUAUGCAACAGGAUAGAUAAAAACGUUGGAUGUUAAGAAUAGAUAAAUCAAGUUUAAGGCUGUUUUUUUUGUUCGACAUCUGGGCCUUAAGAGUGAUCAGGUCAAGAUUCAGUCUCACCAAGACUUUGAUACUGAUCAUGAUUACUCUCCUGCUGUCAUGCAUCUGCAUGUAAUCAACUGUGGGGAGGCAACAGCGUAGUUCACGAUGCCAGGAUGUUGAGUCAGGUCAACUGUCUAAAUGCUGAAUCGCCCAGUUUCCCUUCAGAAAGUACAUUGUGUAUCAGCCCCCCACCCCACCCCACCACAGCCCCUCGGCCUCUCCAGCCGUCCAUCAUACAUAAUGUGCCUGUCUGGAGAACCAGACUGAACUGCUGAAAUAUGUGUCCCUCCUCUGAGAUAAACACUGUCAUCUGUCAUUGGUGGAAAUGGAGGAAGUGACACAGUGACUGACAGCUACAUUUCCUGAGAGGGGGCAUGGGGUGUGGGGGUGCAGGACACGGACACAUCAGGAAACAGUUGGUUCCACUUACAAUCUUGAUUCGCUAAAGGAAAGCAAAAGUGUCCACUUUUCAGUUUUUGGUGUCAACAUUAUCAGUUUUUAGUGACAGUUGAUCGUCUGACUAAUUGGCUCAAUAACUGCUUGCCAGUUUCCUCAAAAUUCAGCAUUUUUUCCCUACGAAGAUAAAAUUUCUCAUUUUUUUUGUGCUGUUAGAUUUUGAGCUUGCCAAUGAGUGGUGGGCAGUGGGUGGUUUUAAGUACUAGAGAAAAAAAAAACACUGAAACUGUUAUAGUACAGGAUUAGCUCUAGUUUGUUCUGUGAUUGGCUGACAGUACCAACCUAAACUAAUCCAGUGAAUAAGAGAUGUAAACAAAAAGUAAUUCUCGUAAAUCUUAAGAAAGCUGUUUAUCAAAUGAUACAAGAACAUUCAAAUAUUUGUACCUCACAUUUUCCUGUUGAAUUGGUUCAUGAUUAGGUCCAUUCUUCACAAAUCAUCAGCGUUAUUCACACCCCUAUGCACCAUAAAAAACCACCACUCAGUGUGCGUCUGUAUGAGCAAAUCAUCCAACAAUGCCAGAACUACAUUUUCAAAGGCUUCAGCAUCUGAAGCUCCGAAUAUCGUGGAAAAUUUUAGAGGAUCUCGAGAAAUCUUCUGUGGUCUGACAAGUCAAUACUUGACAUUCUUUUUGGAAAUCAUGGACUCUACUAAUGCUGGACAAUAUGUCUUCGGCAAAUUAAUGCCAAACUAAUUUCUUUUUUUUUUCAUAUCAAGACAUCAUGGUUUCUUAGGAGAGGAGUCCAGGGCCUUAACUGGUCUGCCAGCAGCCCCAAGUUAUCAUUCACUGAAAACAUUAAGUGCAUCAUGAAACCAAAAAACCAUGACGAAGGACAACGCAGGCUGUUGGGUGGUUGAAAUCUUAUAUCAGGCAAGAAAGAGGCAACAUUGAACUUUGAAACUCCUGGUUUCUUUGGUGUACAAACAUUUACAGAUUUUAACUAGUCCAACUAGUUUUAGAAUUUGAAUUAGGUCAUAAAUCAGCCUUGUAAUCUAUUUUAUUUUUGUGUCUAGAAAAAGAAAAGUUGGAAAUCUGUGAGGGCAAAAAGUGAAUGCCUGAUAACUUAUUAAACUGUUUGCGUUUGUAUUUCUAGCUUGCUGUCUGUUGUAGUUGUGAGUUCUGAUACAUUUCAUUAAGCCAUCAGGUUUCCUGAGCACCUCUUUUAAACUUUCCGAAUACCGUUGAAAAACAUUAAUUACCUCUGACUUGAGUUUCAUUUCCCCCUCUGCUGCAGAGAAAAGAAAAUGUCUCGAACCAGUGCUCUGAAGGUCCUGGACUAUGGGAUGAUUGGACCCGAGGGAACAGAUAAUUGCCAUAAGUUUGUGGACAUCCUUGGCUUGCGAACCAUCUUUCCACUAUUCAUGAAAACCCCUAAGAAGAUGAAGAAAACUGGUACUUCAGAGAAGGAGCAUGAAGGUCAGUCUUUAAUUAGAACAGAGCAACAAAAAACGCGAUCUCUACACUGCAUUAAGCUAUGUGUCGGCCUGAUUAGACCUGUUAUAAGGCCAAGCGGUGAAAGCUGUGAUGUACAUGUCAGACUAUAAGACAUGAACUGUCACUUAAGCUUGAUGAUAAAAUAUUAUAUCUAACAGAUAAAGAAAAAACGUGAAUGGAACCAAACCGCUCAGGUAAAAGGGGUACUAGUUGGCUGAUAAUAUAAAAUUUUUUGAUCCUUAUUACAGAACUGAAAUAAAAAUAACAUUACUUCUCUCUCAGAAUGUGUUGUUUGAACAGAAGGUGGUUGUGGAAGAAAGACAGAGUUGAAAAUAUUUUGGAAUUAUGAUGAUUUGAUUAUGUAUUACUGUAUUACAGAGUUAACUGUUUUAGAAUAUAACAGUCAUCUACAUGAAGUACCAAUCCUUCUGUUUGGUUUUUCUGUCAGUUGUGGCCCAGACUUCUACUCCUAUACUGGGUUCAGAUUGCCCACAUCAAAACUGGGAGAGUGAAGGGUUACCUCCUAUUGUCCGGAUAUGUCCACUGAAUGAUGAUGUGGUCUUAAGCUGUGGUCUGACACCUACGCCAUGGCAGAAGUUUCAGUGGUAUCAAAAAUAAGUACAUGGAAAUAAUUGAUCUAGUCCCUGGUGGUCUUGUUUACUUCUGUAGGUCACUGAGAGGCUUCAGUUUUAAUUUCAGUCAUUUUCAUAAUCAGUUAAUAACUUCUGACUCUAAACACUUUUAUUUAAUUUUAAUUUGAAGCAUCUCUUUAUAUUUUAUUCAGUACAGAUUAAAUUGAUAUCACUAAUGUCAGCGAAAUGAUUUCCGUUUUCUUCCACUGCAGUGCAGUGUGUGGUCACACCUGUUUCCUGCAGACAUACUCAAUCCUAAUCUGCUCAUGUAUCACGCUUUGCUGCCUCUGUGGCCUGUCAGUUUACACUAUCAAUCCAAUCUUGAUUGAUUUUCCUGCCUUCACCCUCAAACCUCUCUUGUCUCCGAGUGAGACAUCGGAAGUGCAAACAAGAGCCAGGGAGAGAAAGAGAGAGAGAGAUAGAUUGGAAGUCCAUAUGAUGCAGGGUGAGAAAAUGAAAAAGAGGCAGGGAGUGAAAGAAACCCUGUCCAUCUCUCUUCUCUUUGUUUGAUCUCCUUCCCCCAAAAUGUGGAACCCCCUCCCCUCCCUCUGUCUAUAUUAAUUAAGUUUGGUUCAUCCCGAGGAGCUGUCCAGCCCUGCAGAGAAGAACAAAUUGUCUUCCAUUGUGUCCCAUCGUACCCAGGGACUAGAUGAAUUAACCUCUGACCUCCUUGAGCAGCAGGAGGAAGAGUAAGGAAGAUAACCCGUCCUAACAGUCAGACCUUUCCCCCGUGUGUGUUGAAGCUCCUGGCAAGGCAGACACACACUUAAAAGACAGACUUUAAAGAGAAGUGUGAAAACACACCCUGAAGGUUGUGUUUCUCUCUGAGGUUUGGGAAGAGUGGUGCGGAUUUGUAUUUCUCCACCUGCAACUUAAGUCCCACACUAUGACGGGGAAUUGAAAAUCAGUUUGAUGCUGCAAACACCGGUAAGCACAUGAAACCUCCUGGUCUGGAUAGUUGAAGGUGCUUCAAAGCAGAAGAGUGCUUCAUGUUUCACAAGGAACUCUGCAAAAGAAAACACGCUGACCUUGUUGGAUUCAUGUUUUUAUACUUGAGACAUAUGCAGUACAAAAAAGAUGAAAGGUUUUUCCAUAAUUUUAAAAGAUAAAUUCACAUACAUUGACAGGGUUACUGUGAUAGUUGCAGCACUGUGGCUUGUUCUCUUUUUAAUACACAUUGAGAGUUACUUCUUCACCAUUGUCCUCCACACUUACACUGUUUUCUUGUUACUGAAAAAGGGUCAAUAGAUGUCACAAAGCAAGGAAAGUUUAGGGGAGAUGAUCAGCAGCCAAAGUGCAGCAACUCCUGAAAAUUAAAGACAGUCACUUAAAGUCAACUGUGUUUGGUAAAGUGGGGAACUCUGGGUACAGGGUCCUCUGAUUCAGGAAGGUCCUGAAAUACUGUAGUAUCAGGACUUAUUCUUAACAUCAGGUUGUUUUUACACUCCUGAUUAGGACUGGGCAAUAAGGCCUCCAAUCAAUAUCACGAUAUAUUGUGCAGUUACAUGGAUGAUACAUACUCCACAAGCUGCUCACCCCCUCCCACAUUAACUCCGUCUACUUCAGCCGCCGCUCCAGCCGCUACAACUUUUGAACCGUCCUCCAUCUCCUGUUUUUCCCUCUUUGUUACAAACUAGAUGGGGUGGAGUCACGUCUCCGACGUAGGACAGCAUCUUAAAAGGACAUGAGACCAUAGCCUACCUUCACACAUCCAAAACCAACUUUUAUUUCUUUAUUUUUUGACACCGAAUUUACUGAUAUGGGCAAAAUGACGUCGGUUAUUGUCGUAAAUUUUGGUAUCUGUAAAUUUUCGGUUUAUCACCCAGCCCUACUCCUGAUUUAUUACCGGGUAACUAGGAGUGGUCAUUCUCGUUUUUAGUAGUCCGUUGUAAACUCUGGGUUUUUAAAGGGUCCUCCUAUGUCUGCUGCAUGUUAUAGGCAUUUUCAGAUUGACUCAUUCUGUCGUUUGUUGUGUCUUUCCAAGCCUGCAGACCCAAACAGCUCAAAAAUUUGCUGCAAGAUUCAGUAAAAGCUUGAGAAACUAAAGUUUAUCAACAAGGCAAGUUUUCUUACAAAGCAGCGAUUUUGAUUGUCGCAGUACAUCUCAAGUUGAUUUUUAAGCAGGAUAUUAUGUUAUUUGAAGCACAGCUUUAAGGAUUUGAUGCCUUAAAUUAUGUUGGAUAAAAUUCCACAAUUUUUAAGUGUUUUAUACUGCUGAUUGUACAAAACAGAACAUGUAAAGCACUCAGCUCUGUAAUGAGUUUCCCAUAAUUAAUUCAUGUUCCCAUUUUUAUGAUGACAGUUGGAGCUUUUAUAGAAUUUCCCAUCAUGUCUCCAUCGAUUCCCCUAACAACUAUAGGCCUAAUGAGAUGACUGUCGUAAUAUAAAGCCGAUUGAGUGAACCCUCCUUCUUAGAAAGGCGACUAAUUGAAAAUGCUGUGAAUCAAGUGGUUCUCCAGAAUAACACAAUAACACAGUAGAUUAAUUAACUAUCAGCCACCUCAAACAAAAGUAAUUAGGAAGUACGGACCUCUCUGUCCUUCUUUUCUUAUAGCUCUCUCUCACAUUCAAGCCACAGCUCUCUCGAUCAUAAACCUCGGUGCGGAGAUUGAUCCCCGUGAAAUCCUUCUUGCAAUUGACUCAGCCUAAAUGACCAGGGAUUGCCAGACCGUAUUAGCAUACAGAGCAGCAUAAUUAAUAGUGACACUGUAAAUGAAAGUGUAAAAAAAUAGUUGAAGAAAGUUAGGAGAAAGCAAACAGUGAAUUGCUUGUCUCUCCGCAUGAAUAUUCUGGUCACGGCGCGGCUGUUCACCUUGCUUUUAGGGCCUCGUUUUAUUGGUGUAUGUGCUCUGUCAUUACCAGCGGAAUGAGACUGUAUGAUGGAAAUUGGUGGCAGACGGUUGUUAUAUUUAGGUGGCUAAUGAUGCGUGCAGCCAUGAGAGGGAGCAGAAGUAAACAACUAAUUUACAUGGUGUGACACAAUAGUCAUAGCUAUGUCUCCAGCCCCGGCUAGAUAAACGCAUUGCUUUAUGUGCGUGUGAGUGUUUUUGUGGUUGAACGAGGGUGCACAGGGAACGAACACAGCCCCUUGUAGCUGAUGUGUCUUUAUUGCCAUAGAAAACCCUUUUGCAUGUAGACCGUGCCCUUUCAGUGACCCUUGUUUUCUAAUGAGAUCACUAAAAUAGGUAAUGAGCGAGGCAUGCUGGCAGGAAGAGACCUGCAUUACAAAACAUGUCACAUUUUAUGGUAAUGCAGCUCAAUUGGAAGCACGCAGAGCAGAGGCAAAGAAUGAAAUAGGAUGCUUUGAUUGAAACAUUUCCCUCCUAAAUUAUGACGGUUUCAUUACAAAGAUAAAACUCUGAAAUUUAUAAGCCCUUACUUAAUCUUCUGUAUCUCCUCUGGUAUAGGAAGAAAAUGAGGAUUUAGGAAGCAUGACUUCAUAGCAGAAUAUAUGAGCCCAGAUAAGUGCCUCUAACAGAGAAACUUAUCUUGCUUUAAUGAUGAAACUUCCAUCACACAUUUCAGUCUAAAGCAGAGAAUCAAAAGACGCUCUGGUUUGAUCAUCCCUUCUCCCAGCUGUGAGCGCCUUUGGCACAGAUUGAGAUCAGUAACAUUUUACAUGGUACAAGUUUGAUUGUAAUCUGUUGUCAGACUCAUGCUGUGUAAUCCUAUUAUUAGUGCAUUUCAGAGGGAGAGAUUUACAGUCAGAUCCUUGUGUGAAGACGCAUCUAAUUAACAUCUUCAGGUUUGGUCUAUCCCCUGAUGGGCAUUGAUAGUGUUUCUUUUGUGUAAACUGACACUAUUUAUGGGUACAUAUGAAGUUCAAAGGAGUGCAUAUGAUAACUGGAUAUUCAUUAUUUUUGUUAGUAAGUUGCAGUUGUUUCUUUUUAUCAAGUAUAUUUUUUAUAAUAAUGAUAAUAACAAUCUGCCUAACAAAAGCAAUGAACUGGAGAUAUUGUUGAAGACUGAGCAAGCAUACUGUGGGUAUGCUUCAAAACAACUCAGACUCUUGUGUGGAUCUACCUGGCUUCACUCUCAUAAGAUCAGACAGAGAUGCUAAAGCUAGUGGUAAGAAGAAAGGAGGAGGUCUGGCUCUAUUUGUCAACCAGAGAUUGUGUAACUCUUUACAUAUAACUGUCAAGGAGAAGUUGUGUUGUCCAGAUAUUGAACUGUUGGCAGUUGCUCUUUGGCCAUAUUAUAUUCCAAUGGAGCUCAGUCAUAUCAUAACAAUACUUGUUUACAUACCACCUAAGGCAACGGCUGAAUUUCCAUGUGAUGUUCUCCAUUAUACUGUUGCCAGGACACAGACUCAACACCCUUAGGCACUUAUAAAACUAUCAGGAGGAUGAGAUUCCAGACAAAGAAAUUUCCCUGUGCAGAUCAAUAAAGUUCUUGUAUUGUUAUAAUGUUUAUUUAAAGAGGUAUUACAAAGUAUUAAAGCUCACAAUACAAGAGUAAACAGGGAGACAUACCAGAGACAUACCCUUCUGAAGAAGAAGACAAUACAACACAAAAUAAGGGUUGAAAUAAUAGAAGAGGAAUUAUAAAAGCAAUGGAUAGAAGAAACAACAAAUUAAAAACAACAAAAAUACUAAAUGAAUAAAGUUUUCAGAAGUGACCUAAAAGGAGACACUGAUGUAGUCUUUGACUUUGCAUAGUAGCGGGUGUUUUAAGUCUGUGGAUUUGAAUUUAGUCUUGCAAUCACAGUCCUGUUGUUUCGAUCUUCAUACCAUUUGCGCAACAUUUAAUGGCAGCUUUCAAAUCAAAUUCUUAUGAACAUUGAUGAAUUCUUGCUCUGUAAUGCUGUUUUGCCUUUGACAGUUAUCUUACUCUUUUUUUGAAACGGAUGAAGUUUAUAGGUAUUUCAUUUUACUUUACAAAGCUGUCUUUUUUGACUCUCGUUGGAGGCUGCAGGUAUGUUUCUAUCACUUAUAUUGACUCUGCAAGAUAACAAAAUGUUUAUAAAAAGAGCUAGCAUGUACAACAUGUUGUGCUUUUUAUUUGUCCUAACCCGAGAGCCAAAAAAUGUUUUCUGCUCUGUCAGACAGUGAACACAGUCUGAAGAAACUCUUGACAGACUAGCCUGUGGUGCUGUGAGGCUGAUUGCUCUCCCCAGGGCACAGCUAGUCCAGGUCAAUUCUGUCUGUCAUUGGAGCACUACCUAUCUGUUCUUCAUGUCAUUCAGGGCUAAACUGCUCUUCCUUCAACUGUCAAUCAAUAAAUGAAUCCAGGCCACUCAGGGCUAUUUGCAUUUUAACUCAGUGCUUUGGUUCCUCUGGGGCCAUAGAUGAGGAAAUCGCUGAAUGAUUAGUGGAUGGUGAUCGAAAGCUAGCUCAUGGGCAUGCACAGUGUUAUCUGAAUGCAAAUAUACCUCCAGCAGAAGUUCACAGAGAACUUGUUUACUGAUGUAAAGCAGUUCAAUGUGAUGGAUGGUUUUCAUUUAUUUCCUUUUGGAGUUGCAGUUUCAGUUAACAUUAAGAGGACUUAUGAAGUUAAAGUCGGCUCAAGUUCUGUCCCGCUCAUACAAAGUUUCUGAUGCUUGCGGGUCUUUUAAGUAAGCUUUCUGAAUCUUUGGUGAGAGAAAACUGUCCAGAGAUCACUGAAAAGUGCUGGUGUCAGCUGUAAUAUUAUAUUGGAUCCAGGAGUGUCUAUGUUUGUAAGAUAGUCACUUGAGGUUUUCUCCUAAUGAGUGACGGUCAGAGGGUUAAAUUUGUUUCUGAGACCAAAGUAGCUGAAAGUGUUCAAAAUAAAGACAACAGAAACUUUCUUCAAAAUUAGGGACGUCCUAGCACUGCGAGUAUUAUUUCCUCCUUGCAAGUUGUUUUGGUCACACAAUGCUUAGUUGAAUGGUUAUAAACCAGUUUAAUCAGGCACAAGCUUUGUCCCAAUCCAGAGGCUGCAGCCUUCAAAGUCAGUAGGCAUCAGAACGGCGUGUCGAAGGUUGUCCUAUUUCGAAGUGCCAGUACAAAUGAGAUGGAGGACUCUUAGACUGCCGAGUAAUAAAUCAUAGUGUUUGGUUUAACCCAAUAGUGAGCUGUAGAGUUUACAUAAAAAAGAUGCACUAAAAUUAACUGUUAUCUUUGAAAUGUCAGUGACGGUGGCUAGUUAGUGUGGUAGCCUCUCAUUGCCAAGUGAGGUGCCCCAUGACCCCAGUCUAAGGAUGAAAAAGCCGGUGAUGUAAGCAUAUAAUCCUCCAAAGGGUAGGAUGUCUCCUUUCUGGUUGGCCUGACUGGUUCACAUGACAUGAAGGCUGGGUCCUUCAAAAGCUGUGCCCCUGGACUGGGACUAAGUUAUAACUAAUGUCAAACUUUAUGUCCAAACUCUAGACCUAAAUACCGUCAGAACACACUGGGCUAUGAGACGCCAUCUUUCAUCUGUGCUUGUUUGGAUCUGUGUUUUAUUACAGACCUUGCUAGUGGCUUUGCAGGCUUAAAAUGACCAGAAUAUGACUUUUUUUACUUGGCUAGUAAUUUUUUCUUUGUGCCUUAAGUUUAAAAUAAUAAUAAUAAAAAUAUAUAAUGAGUGUAACAGCCAUUUCUGUAAAGUUGAUUUUGACAAAUGUUGCUCAAUACCACACACUGCACCUUUAAUACUGCUAUUAAAAACUGCAUAAUGGCUGAUCUUUUCUUUGCAGCAGCACAGCACAUACUACCUCACAAACGGACAUUUGCUUUGCAUUUUAAAUGAAAACUUACUCUCUUAACACUGAAGACCAGAAGAAAGUAUGUAAAUCAAGUAUCGAUUGGACACCUUUAUAAAAGCUUUUUCACUCGGCCCUGCCCUCUGUCUUGUUCCCACAAUGUAACCCCACCUCCACCAGCCCUCCAACAAUUUCAACUGAGCAGCCGCUGUUUAGUUUCCAACUCUUUGGAGACGACAUCGCACAGCCAGCGAUCAAUAGCCUCCCUGGCAGGGCGUGGAGGUGGCGACAUCAAUUACCGCUCGGAUCAAGUUGAUAAAGUAGCGUCCCUUUGGAAAUGGCACUUAGCUUCCUUGUCAUUGUGUACAGAAAGUAAGCUUUGCUACACUUAAACAAAGGUAUAAAAACACCUGAUGUGCUCUCAGACCAGAACUUUUUAACUUCAUACUGUACACUCUUUGUCAACUUAGUCAAACAGAGAAACAGUGAGAUCCAGUAAUUCUUAUCUUCUUAUCUGAACUUUGCUUUUUCAUUAAAGACCUGUAUGUACAUGUGUACUUUCUAACUGUUCUUUCAUUGUUUUAUUCAGUUCAAGAACUUAUAAUAUUAUGUACUCCGAAAUAAAAGUGUAGUUUGACAAUGAAGGACAUAGAGCAGCCUAAAAACAAGAUGCAAAAAGCAAAAUAAAAGCAUAAGAUUGAAAUAUUAUUAGGAAUGGAUUAUGAUAUACAAGUCAAUUGUGUUCAAUAGAAAAGUAAUGUGUUUUUUUUUUUUUUUUUUUUUUUACCUUCGUCUUGCCUUUCCUCAGUUUGACUGAUCGGGCUGUUUUAUUUUCUAUUUUUCAAUAAAUAUCACAAUUAUAUCAUCACUCCAGUAUUUUACGAUCUUCAUAAAAGGUGAUGAAAUUCUGAUAUCAAGACAGCUGUAACCUGAAAUAGAGAUUUUCUUUUGUUCUUGACAUUUUAAAAUAAACCUUUUAAAACUACAAAGGAGUGGGUCCCCCUUCAGAGGAGACUGACAUCUUGUACUGACAGGUUUCUACUGCAGGACAGAAAGGACAAACCACUAACAUCUGUAUUUUUAUGUGUAGUCAGUGGCCGUGUUAAGUCCACUGGUUGGAGGAUUAUUAUUUGUUUGUUUGUUUAUUUUUAUUUCAUGACAUGUAAAUAAUAAUAAUAAUGAUAAUGAUAAUAUUAAAAUAGAAUAAAUGACUAUUGUUAUCAUACACAAGUGGAGAGACUUAACAAUACAAUACAAUACAAAGCUGACAAAUAUGAAAAAAAUAUACAUAACCUAUGAUUAUUAUGAAAAAUGCAACAUAUUCCAAAAAUACCUGUAGAAUUGCCAACUUUGGAUGAAACAGGGGUUACAUUUUGUGUAUGAAACAGGAAGACUUUAGUGCAGUUCUCCAGAUUUUAGAAGCAGAUUUGGGGGGCUGUCAUGACAUGCUGCUUUAAUGCAUAAAGUGGCGGAAGGUAAACUUUAAUUGACAUUUAGUUUAAAUACCAGAGUUACAAAAGAGGGUCUCAGAUGAACACUUUAGUUUUAGAUCUACAGAUUCCCUUGAAUAAAAAACAUAUUUAUUUCAGCUUUUGAAAGGAGGUAUUUUCUAUUGAAACCCUCUUUAUAAAGGAACAAAGCUUCAGGUUUUUUUUGUAUUGUGCUUCAGAGCCAUCUUCAAAGGAUUUGCUUCUGUUUUGUGCUGCUUACCACAUUAGUAAUUUUAAAUGGAUUUGUGUAUAUUCUGAAAGAUAUGACAUUUAAGGAUUCUGGCUUUUAGAUUCCUUAUCCGUAAAGUCUUGUAAGUCAGGAUGCUGCAGGUCGUGGGGGAUUGCAGAGAGGGAGCUGACAGCAAACACGACCCCUUUUAAAAAGCAGAAAUGGGAUUGAUUCCUGUAGUCCUGUUGCUUAGCAACUGCAAAGCCUCAUUGAGAGAGAAUAUUGACCUCUUGUUGAUAAAGUCCAAUUACAUUUUUUCUCCACUCUGUAUAUCUACAGAUUUUAUAAUGCCGUAUUCUCCCCCCUCGGUGUGUGUUUAGUGUUUUGUUCUUUAAUAAAGCAGAGAAAGAUUGCCGUCUGAUCGUCACCUCCUGCUGCAGCCUGUGAAACAAGGUGAUCUUUGAAUGAGAUGACAUCAAACAAGGCAUGAAUUUUGCUGACAAGGACACUCAGUGGGACUCACUGUUUUUUGUUGCUAAUUCAGUCAAUUAGCAUGCUCUGGACCUCCCUCUUAGUAAAAGGCCCCAGAGCUGCCUCAAACAAAUUUCUAUCACCAUGAGAAAUGUAAUUUAACUGCAGCCAAAAUUGUUACGCCUGUUCCAGUGUGCCCUAAAAUGAAAAUUGAUUUCUAAAUUGUAUUAACAUUUUCUCCUCCUCUUGUUCUUUGCCCUCUCUGUGAGCGUAUCCAAGCUUAGCUGGGUGCGUGCUGUAAUUGCAAAUUAUCAAGUGCUAAUCGAUUUGUUCUUUCGGAGGCCUGUGGGUGUGGGUGUGAAGGAGCUCCGCAGUUUUUACGACUUUACUGUUUGGAGCUGCUGAUUUGCUCCUAGGUUGAGGCACAAUAAGCUGUUUGAUUAAGUGCUGCAAUAAAAGAGGCUGCCAUACUGCAUGUGUUUCUGAUAUAAACUAAUAAGAACCUUUUUUUUCUCACUUUCUCUCUUUAGAGCACGUCUGCUCCAUCAUCGCCUCCAUGCUGAGAAAUCUCAAGUCCCAACAGAGAAGCAGACUGCUCACCAAGUUUACAGAGAAUGACUGUGAGAAGGUUUGUUUUGGUCGUUUCUUGCCUGUUUAACACAACUCAAAGUUAAUCUAGACCAGCCAAGAUGCAUACAAAUUUGUCAGAUACUUUAAUGCUUCCCAGGCCCCACCCUGACAUCUGUACUGAUGUUACUUGGUAUAAUCUUUGAUUUCAGGUACCUUGGUCAGUAAUCUGCUCAUAAUACAGACACUUCAGUGUUGCAGAUUUGUUUUUGCUUUUCUUUCUGAACCAAUGGUAACUCUCCUUUAACUCCCUAUAGAUAUUGGACAGGUUAUUACUGACAAAAGUAGAAUAAAUAACACUAAAGAAAAAACGAAAAACAACAUUAACAAUUUGGAAAAAGGGAGAUAAUAAUUGGUCAUACACAAUGUCAGCUUAACUUCAAGCAAUAACUGGAUGCCACAAAGUUCAAUACCAAGAUGCAUGCACCUGCACUUCCCCACGCCACUGUAUAUAAUGGAUAUUUAACACAUACAGUCCUGAACUGUCCACUAAAAUACAACACAAAACUAUGAUACAAUACUCAGUCACUUAAUUACAUUCUUUUCAAGUGAGAGAUGACAGGCUGCCAGUGCUGGACCACCAACAGCAAAUUAAAAUUUUCUGACUUUAGAAGUGACAUUUUCCAGAUUUCUCCACAAGAGUUUGAUGAGCGAGCGAUGAAGACACAAAUGAAAUCUGAUAGUUAACAGUCAUUCUGAUGCCCUCGUACAUCCAGGGGCUUUUCAACCUUCAUAUCCAGAGCUGUGUAGCCUCAGCAUAGUUAGAUGCACAGUCCUCUCUUUCUUUUUUCACACAGCCCAUAAUACACCCUGUUGAUGAUUUCAUAUGAAAACUGAAACACAUUAGAGAUACCAGUACAAAUAAACUACUGCUUACAAAUUCCUUUAGAAGAUACACAGUCACGAUAAUCCCUAUCACGUACCGUUUUUUGACCAGAUCUUAUUGUGACAGUGUGGCUUAUGCUCAGCAAGCUAAACAAUUUAAAACUGCAUUUACUUUUAGAGCAAUUUUGAAAUUAAAACUGACAUUUUUGUACUGGUUUGUGAUCAGAACGACUGAUCAUGAAAACCAGAGUCUGUGAGUCUUGGAGUCUUAGAGUCCUAGAGUCCUGGACCUUUACGUAUAUAUAUCCAUGUUUAUUUGAUUAUUAUACAGCUGUUUGCUAAAACAACAUCAGUCAUACGUAUUUACCAUAUUUCUUAUCUGUCAUAUUGUAUACUGAUACAUGAAGACACUUUCUUAACUAUCAUGAAAUUAUUUGUCUAAUUGCAUGUGAAGCUCUUUAUAUUUCAGGAUUGUGUUAAUACUGAGUCGCUAAAAUUAGAGCAGAUUAUAAAUCAUUUAGGAGAUUAUUUACUGUUUGAAAUAGAAACCUUUUUUUUUUUUUUUUAAUGGCUUCAUAAUCACACACUGCGUCUAGCAGAGUAUUUCACAUUCUUAUCUUAUUUUUACUGGAGGGUAAAGCCAAGAUAAACAGAUUCAGGUUCAUAUUCAGGUCACUCAGUGAGCCGUCAGUAUCUGCAUUAUUCUCUACCUGUGUGUGUGCUACAUGCUGCUCCAUGUUUCAGAAGUAAGUGAUUAAAAUGUGAAACCUGGCAGCUGAGCAGCUAUGUCUUUCUUUAUUAUGCUGAGAAUAUCCACACAGAUCAAAAGCCGUCAUCAUAAUCGUUGUGUUUCUGAGACCAAUUAGCAGGAUACAUGUCAUCUGACGUAGAAACCGCCUGCUAUGCCAUGAAAGUGACGUCUCUUGCUGUCUUUUCUAUAAUUCACCUUAAAUGUGUGAUAAUUUCAUGUUCAUAUCUAUGUGCUCCAAUUCAUAAUCACCGUAAUGUAAUUUUUAAGGAAGAGAAAUUUAUGUGUAAACAAUGAUUCCUACAGGUUCUAUUUGCCCUUCAAGUCUCAUUUUGUUGUGCCUCUUUCUUGUGCUCUCUCCUUCCUCUUUCCUCUCCUGUCUUGUUUUCCUGUUGCGUACCCUCUGUCUGCCUCCAUUUCAUUCUCUCUGCAGGUUGAUCGGCUGAUGGAGUUGCAUUUUAAGUACCUGGAGGCUGUUCAACAGGCUGACAAGAGGAUCGAAGGAGAAAAACAUGUAAGCACCUCUCCUUUCCCCUCCAUCCUUUAGUCCUUCAGAUCCUCUCUUUCUCUCAGGCGGUCUCUUUGUCUCUACUCUGUCCUUCUCUCUUGUUUACACUGACUUCAUAUCAUGCAGCUGGUUGCAUUGAUGUGUUCAAAUGAGGCAGUGAGGUUGACAGCCUUGCUUUGUUGGCCAGUGAUUUUGAAAUUCAUAUUUCAUAUACAGCUAAAUUUAAUUAAAGCAGCGAUUAAAAGCAAUUUAAUAGAAGCUGACCCUGAACGGGCCGGUCUGAAGCUUGACGAUUGCAAGCCUGAGUCCAGUCCAAAUCAGGCCUUACAAUUAAGUUGUAGCAUUAACAAAAACAGGCUGUGUGAUCUUACAAACUUUCACUCAUUAUUAGUAUCAGCUAGCUUUUUCAAAAGCCACCAAGCAUUAUCUUUACAGUUUAUUACACACUAAUGAUAAUACAGAGCAAGAAGAGAGCAGACAGCAGCUGCAAAACAAUUGUGCAUCAUUAAACUGCAACCACAAUUAGUCCGUAAUGCAGAUAAGGCUGCUGGACUUUAUAAAUGUGAUCCAUUUCUGCAUGUAAAUUUUCAUUAAACUUAUUUUUCUGCAGAUGACAGCAUGAACAUGACAUGUGAGUUCCCAGACUGUCUUGCAUGGAGUCCCCUCCCCCUGUUUUAAAACAAAGAUGAUUAUAUCUAUCUGUGGAGGCUGUGUCGUGUAGCAUGGCUUUGGUGCUCAAAAUGGUAGCUUUGAUACAACAGGACACAAUUACUAAGUCCUGCGGUGUUGUUUAUGCGCAGGGUGAAAAUCCUGUUAUUGUCUCUCAAGCCUUAAUACUUUAAAGAUAGAAAUGCAUCUUAGAAUUAUUUCUGGUCAAAGGGGCCUUUCCUUGAAAGAAAGGUCUAUUUCAAUUUGGAUCAUUUUUGUCUUGUCAUGUUGCAGCUUAGAAAUACCAGUUCUUAAUAUCAGUCUUUGGAAAUGUCAACAUUUAUUUAUUGAUAAUUUGUUUAAAAAUUAAGAUUUUUCCUGUAGCAAAAAAGAACAGAACAAGUGCAUUAUUCCCUGAAUCAUAUACUUUUUACGGUAUAACUGACAGUGUCUCAAAGCUACAGAACACAGAGGCAGAUGUUUGGCAUGCAGAGCAGACUCAUCAAAAAUUGGGUAGAUAUACUCUAUAGUCAUGCAGAGUGAGACUUAGAAGUCAAAUGUAGACCUGCUGCAACAAAAGAACUCAAUAAUAAUCAGUUUUCUGCAGACUUGUUUUUUUGAGUAAGUAAGCAUGCUCACAUGGUCUAGUACAUAAUGCAACAGACACAGUCAGUCCACCAGCAGAAAACAUGGAGAAGCCACCAGUGUUCCUAGUAGACCGUAGGACACGUUAAUGACACGAGGAGUAGAAGUAUCCGUUAUGUUGAAUGGAGAUUGUCCAAUCACAUAAAUUUUAUAAUAAUGCAGAUAAAGUUUUACCUCACAAUUGACAGCUUAUCUUUUCAAGAGUUUUACUACACAUACUUUUCUCCCGAGCCGGCGUUGCAAUGACUCACAGGAUUGUAUACUUUCUUUGCCUUUCCUGUCGAUGUCGAUAAAGAUGUUGUCUAAUGAUCAAAUUCAUAAGACAGACUUGGACCAGCCUCACGUACAGCUCUUAGAGUUGUCGCUGUUGGAGGUAGAAAAUCAAAAAUAGUACAAUGGUGGGAAUAACGAUUUCAUCCAUGUUUACACCAUUUAAGACCUGCGCUUUUCAACGAGUUGAUGUCAGAUGCCCACUAGCCUAAGGACCAAUCAAUGUAAACUACAAAGCAUGCAAUUGAGGACAAUAUCAUGUAAAGUCUGUUAGUCCGCUUGCAAUAAUGACAGUGUGAAACCUAAAUAGACCGAACCAAAUGUAUUUAAUGUAACAAAAACACAGACCUUGGUUCUUUUCUCUAAUCAAACAAGAAAUUAGUGUUUUCACACAUUUUCAAUCAGUUAACUGUUUCUGAUUAAUUCCUAAUUGCAUCCAUUGCCAAUCCCUGGUUACAACAAGUGUUGCUCUUGCAAAAAGAUACCUGGAUCCCCUUUUCAGCACUUACCUGGGGACUCUCUUACCACGGACAGUUUUUUUUAAACCCCAAAUUGGCUUUUUUUAAAGAACAGAAGCAGCAGGAGUAGGACCUUUCUAUCAGAUAUCCUGAAGUAAGAGUAAAUGUGGACUUUUGUGUGACCCCACAUCCCACAUUCAUGGUUUUAUUCUUUGCAACGAGCUACAUUCAAAUUGCAUUAUAGAUAUCGGGAUAGCGAACACAAUCCUUGUAUAAACGGUUUGGAUAUGUGAUCAAAACGUCGCCUCUUUUUGGGGAGAUAAGAUGUGCGGCUCCACACUGUGUCACAUCCAAAGCCAUGAGGGAAGAGACUUAAAAAAAGCCAUCACAAUCCUGCUGAUAACAAUAUGACAGUUUACAGAGGAAGGCUUGAUCGCUGUGUGUGUGAGGGGCCUAUUGAGUGGACCGUGUCUGUGUGUAUGUGUGUGUGCGACAGUGUGUUGAGCUGUGGGCUAGACAGACCGAUGGAGGGAUACAGAUAGUGGUCAGGCGGGGAUAAUGGCUUCAACAGAAAAAAGAGAGAGAGAGAGCAAGCAUCCUGUCCUCAGAAAGAGAGGAAGACAAGGAGAAGGGCAGACAGGGAUACUGCUGAGAGGAGGAACAGUUAACAGGAGCUGAUGGUUAAAAGGGGAAAUGCAAGAGAAAGAGGAGAUAAUUGGUGUGAAAAUGGGAAUUAUGGUGGGGAGGGAGGUGUGGGGUGAAGUUGGUAAGUGUGAGAUUCCUAUCUAAAGAUGACUGAAGAUUAAUUUCUCAGACAGUCGUCGUGAUGAGAUUGCAAUGAAAAGGCCAGACAGUUUGACAUUUUCCUCCCUCCCUCUCUUUUUCAGCUUUUCUCUCACUCUGUCUCUUUCCUCUGUGGCUCGCUGGUCUCUUCCUCUGGGUUGGCAGAUGUGUGACUUUGUGAUACUCUGGUGAUAAGAAACCUCGUCUAUGUGCGCUACUAUCUUUUUAAAGCACAAGGUUAGACCAUCACCAGCAUCGAGACACACUGUGAGUCAGGCCCACAUGAAGCAGGAGGUGAUAAAACAGCUUUUUGUGGCCUUAAUCAUUUAAACGAAUGGUGGCCUUUCCAAAAAGGUGUGAUAUCUAAUAAACCCUUUAUCUCCUGGUUGCUCAAGCAUCAUGCCAGCCUUCUCCUGCCUGUAUCGGGAAAACUUACAUGGAAGUUAAUGUGUUUUCUAUAUAAAAAAUAAGUUCACACUCUUGUCCUCUUAUUCAUAGUGAAAAAUAGCUCUGAGAUGCUGCUACAUUGCAGAGCCAAACUUACAACAAACAUAAAAAGAAGCUUCACUUUGAUCUAACGUCGCACUUCUAUGAAGUUGUCGUACUCAGAGCAGACAGACAAGAAGAUAAAUUGGACAGAAUCAAAGAUUUUCUCUUGUUGUCAAAAUCUGGUGCUUUCAUCACCCAAAAUAUAACUCGACUGAUGACAGUUAGAUUGUAGGUUCAGGCGUGUUAUGCAUCUUUCCAUGAGCCUAAAGACCAGGAUGUUCUGAUGAGCAUUUUUAUCAUGCUUUCAGACAAAAGUUUUUACAGAUGAUGCCAUUCUAAAUGGAAAAUAUUUGUUAGAUGCACCUCUUAACUUGUUUCUUUCAAAUCAACUGAAGUUGUUAAAUGCUUGAUUCUGAUUCUAAUUGGCUAUCAUGUUAGUUAUCAAUAACAAAAGCCGGAACUGAGGGCUGAUCUGGACACAUGUGCCAAAUCAAUCAUAGAGUUAGAGUGACUCUACUCUUCCUGUUGACAAUGUGACAAAAAGAAAACAGUCAUGUUUCGCUCAAUAAAUAUCCAUCUCCAAAAUUAAACCAAUUCUAUCACAAGCGAACCUGGAAAAACUCAUAUGUGCACCUAUUCCCUAGAUUACUAUUAGAUCACUGUAACUCCCUCCUUUCUGGUAUCACCCAUAGAUCUCCUUCUCUCUUGCCUCCGACUCAUCCAGAACGCAGCAGCUCAGCUUCUUAUUGGUUUUAACAGACAACAUCGCAUCACUUUUACAGGUGGGAUGGUCAUCAAGAGCGAUAAACUUCAUAGUUGUUUUAUAAAGCUCUUUUUCCUUUGGGAGGUUAAUCUUGUAUUUUGUAGCUUUGUUGAAUGACAAAAAAAGAAGAAAACAGGCUGCUAACAGGUUUUCUACUUUGUCGUUCAUUCUUUCAGAAACGAGGCUGUUAAGGAUGACAGUUGUUGAGAUGUACCGUUUAAACUGGAAGUGACUCAGAAGUGUCGUUUUGCUCACCCUCUCAUCACCUGUUCACACUUCCAAAUAAUGACAUGUUUGGAGCUCAUUGUAUCACCAACCAUACUACUACUGUAUAUCUGCAGAAAGUUUCACACCUGCUUGUACUAGGGCAGUAAAGUCCUAGCGGACUUAAUGGACAAUACCUUCUGAGUCGACCAAAACUCUGAUUGGUCGACUCAUUUUUUUCAGCGUCAAUUUACAGUCGAUGGUUAAUUUCAUCAGGCGGAACGUACCGAGUGCUAAUGACAGUGUUUUAGGCUACGCCGCGCUGCAUCAACCAUUAGAGGGGUUUGCCGUCAGAGUUUGGGAAUAUCCCCUCCUAUAGCCCUAGCUUGUACAAUGACAACAUUUUAAAGCUCUAUCUGCAGAUACAAACUUCCAGCUGAAAAUAUUGUGCGUCCAUUUAUUUUUGGGUUUGCAAGUUAUUCUUCUUCAGAUAAAUGUAGCUGAUGAAUACUCAGAAAUGCUUCACACUGUGUGGGAUAAUCUAUUAAAUAAUUAGAGUAAGCCUCAUUUAAGUGGACAGAGAUUGCUCAUCAUAACCCUUCAGUAAAAUGAUGACAGGUUAUUCAUCUGUAUCUAAACUUCACCUGAAUGAAGCAGAAAUCAUCUGAAAGUUUCAGACUUUACCUGGGUUUAACAGAGUUGAAGUCACAGGUGUGUUUUUUCAGUGUAUUGAUUUCUUUUUACAUUUGUUGACUGUCAUGUAAACUUUAGCCAAACAUCCCAAACAGGGUCUCCGUACCUUGUGCAGCCCAACAGAUUGAGGAAAGAGCUGCAGUUUUAUUCCUCCUCGUGCAAGUCUUGUACUAAAAACAGACUGAUGAUACUGUGAGUGUGUAUAAAUUGAAGCCUCCACCAAAUGUCACAUUAUGUUAAAUAAGGUGAUAAAGACGCCAACCCAGUUCUGUCCAGCACCUCGGCUGAAUCAGCUGCUGUCAGCAGCCACAUUUUAUCUCUCUCUGCCGUGCCUUUUGGUUUCCUCUAGUUAAGCCUGUUUUUAAGGAGCGCUAAGCAAAAUGUUUUUCCUCUGCAACAUAUUACCCGCAGAUUUCUCGGGAGGAUAGCAAAGAAAAAGCUGCUGCUGCUUUUUUCCGUGCGUCUCUAGCCCGUCCCUUUUUAAUAAGCUGCUUAUUUUCAUCCCACCUUGGUAUCUCUCUUUUCUCCUCUCACUCUAUCCUUCUGAUUUCCUCCUCCAAAGCUGCUUUUCCCAUCCUGCUAUAUUUCUUUUUUCUAUCUUCUUUUUCUCCCCAUCGCUCAUCCCUCUUUUUCUGUCUUUUACUCGACCCCAUCAUUGAUCAUUUUCAUUUUUUUGUUGCGUCCUUUCUGCAUCUUACUCUCAGCUCAUUCACAGCUGUUCUUCUCUCAUUUUUAACUCCGUCCUCCAUUUUUGUCUUGCCUUCCCUUUUUCACAUCCCCGUCCUCCCCUCUUUUUCCUUCUUUUAAUCCGUCACUCCCUUGCACCUUCACCACGUCCUUCCUUUCCUCUUCUUUCUUCUAUUUCUCCUUCAAACCCAAUACAACUACUUUCCCCCCUCUCUCCUCCUGCCAAACCUCCCCUCUGCUCUCAGCUUGUUGGUAACUCCUCUUGGAGAUUGAUGAAGCUCAGCACAACACGGCUGAGGCCGACCUCAAUACUAUAAAAUGCCUGAGUGCACUCUCCUAGCACCUAAGCACCCAGUUACUCGCAAUGUUUUUUUUUGUGUGUGUAUGUGUGUGUGUGUGUGUGUAUGUGUGUGUGUGUGUGUAUAAGUGUGUGUUUUUGUGUUGAGAGUGUACAGCAGAAAUAGGCUGGCUUAGUGUUGCUGACAGUAGACUUUUUUCUUUAACAAAGUCUGUGAAGUUUGUGGAUUUUGCACCUGGAUGUGAUAUAUUACGUUUUUUCUUUUUAUGUCGUCCCAAAAUAAACCAACUGUCUCUCUCUCUCUUUAUCUAUCCCCUUUUUCUCAUUUUUCCUCCCUAAUUCUCUCGGAAUUUGUCAGCGAACAGUUGUCUCAAGUCUUGCUCAAUUCGCUCAGUUUUUUAGAUUUGUCACUCCUAAAUCAACCACCUGCCACAAUUCUUUAAAUUUUCACUUAUUCCUUCAUUUAUUCAUUCAUUUCGUGAGGACAAACCAGAAAAAUUGGGUUCCAGGACUUCCUGCUCUGUCAUUGAGAACAACAACAUUCGUUAUAAGAGGUUUUGACUCUUAAUCUGCUGGAGAUGGUUAUUUGCAUAAUCCUGUUUAAACUGAUCUAAAAUAAAAACAGAAUAUCUCAAGCAUGUCUCAGUAAACCUUUAUGUCACACUGAUUUAAGGGAUAUGGGGUUAUGUAUUCUGAGUCCUCUGCAGAAACAGCAAAAGUAGGCGCUGUUUUAUGAUUACAGAUUUGUCUAUUUAAAAAAACACCCCCGCACCCUCCAAGAUAUUGGAAAAUAAGCAAGGCUGGGAAUUAACUUUUACCCGGUCACACUGGUGUUUGAAACUUCUAAAAGUGAGGGGCACCCACUGAAAAUUAAAGAGAAUGAUGUGGACACAGUGUCACCUGCAGCCUCCAUCGCUUUAGCUCUUCAGUGAACCAGGGAUGUUCUGAAGAGACUAAAUUUCUCGUUGUAUAAAUGGAAAUUUAAAUUCUGACUUGCCAACUAGUCUAAAGGUAAGAAAAAAUCAGCAGAAAGUCAAAAGUGAGCACAAUUGAUUUAGUAUGACUAAGCAGAGGACAGGAGUCCCCCCUGCAUGGUAACGUCCACAUGCCUGUGCUCGUUUACGUCACUCCUGUUAAGUUUACCAGACUAAAACUUUAUACAACUUCAUCUCUUUGUUUUUAAAUCAAGAUAUGCCAGACCUAGAUGUGCUGCAAGAUGGCAUCAAAUAUCAGUGCUUGAGUACAACCAGAUGGUGGUCGGAUGGCAGGUGGCUGCACUUUAGCUCCUACACAACAUAAUCAGUCAGUCUUUAUUUAAAAAGCUCCAAUACAUUAAUUUAUUUUCCUUUUUCAGAGCAGCAUAGGCUAGCUAUUCAAACUCUCUGUCACUCACCCCAAAUCACUGACUUGUCUUUGUUUUUGGUACAUCUAUAUUCACCACUUUACCAUCACCAUCACCAACCUCAGGUUUUACAUUCCCCAAACUAUUAGGCAGCUUUCAUCUUCUCUCCAUCUCUUCUAAAUCUGUGCCAGUUGGCCAGCUGUAACAUGACAAUAAAGUGCAGUGAAAGGCAGGAAGGUAGUGAUUUCCUUGAUGAUGUUUACUGCAUCAUCCACCGUCCUGUUUGCACGAUUGGCAAACUGCAGCGGGUCCAACAGGGGAACUGUGAUGUCCUUCAGGUGGCUCAAAACUACCCGAAGGUGAAAAAGGAGAUAUAAUUUCCUAUUACCUUCCAACUGUUGGGUAAAUGUUUGCUCAGGAGCGAAAUUUAAGUUAAACUGUUUCUGUACACCCUCACAUUUACAUAUCAGCACCUGUGUUAAAUUGGUGUUGGUGCAGUUAGUGGCACUCUUACUUAGGUUUUUAUACUCCUGUCUGGCUCUUUGCUUCAGUCAUUUUGGCUAAAAGGAUCUGGUGGUAAAAAUGGUAAAACUGUGAUAGUAGUGAAGCAGGAGCUCAGUUAAACAUUUAAGAAAGCAAUCAUGUCCUUGUCCUUUUCUUUAACACUAAAAUUCUCUAAAAGCUGCAGAAGCCUGCAGAGUUACCGCACAGAUAACUGAAGACAUUUUACCAGAAACAUAUAAUCAAACGUUGAAUGCACUUGGGCCCUUAGAAGGACAAUAACCCAGAGUGCAUUUCUAAUGCAUCCCUUUGCGAACAGUGAGACACGUAAGUAAGAUUUAUGCUUCAUCAGAUGUUUUUCAAAACAGUAUUUUUCAUUUUUAGGAGACAAAACACUUUGAAGAUGAAGACAAAGUGGUUGCUUCAGCAGAUGCACAUUUUGGGACUGUUUCCACUCAGUGAAUCCCUCACAGAGAUUCGCCUCAGAAUUAAUAUGACCUCUCAGAAGAACGCAGACAAAACAGUUUUCCAACUUUUCAAAGUCUGGAAAGACUCGAGUAGUCACUGGAUGAUGUUAGUUAUACCUCCCUCCUCCUGUUAACACAGUCUGUUCUGCUUUGGCCCACUUUGAGAACAGACUCAGAUUUUGUAUGCCCUAAGCGCAGGGCUGUUCUUCUUUAGGGAGAUUAUCAUAAGUUGAAAUCAGCAUGUUGUCUCUAACUUUCUCAAAGUUUCAUAUUUUCCUCUUAAAGUUUUCCUCAUUAUCAACUUCUGUAUCUUAUUUUUUUAAUGAGGACAUCUAACCUCUCUCUUCCUGGUGUUUGCUUAAGCCUCAUAAAAAGCAUUAGUCACACACACACACUGAUGCAUUCACAGUCACAGUGGGUUUUGGCAAAAUGCUGACAAAGAAAUCACUUAAAUUUUGCAGGGAAGUAUCCCAGCACAGAAUUAAGAACAGGAAUAACAACCAGCACCCACAGACAAAGUCCUCUUUGCAGAGACACACUCACUGUUCUUGCACACAUUAUACACAGGCACACACUCAUACAUGCUUUCUUACAUGCACAAUAACACUCAGACUGAACCCUCUGUCCUCCAUGAAUCAUACACACCUGGACGCACAAACACGAUGCAGCUCAGUUACAGUGAAGGGACUGAGACUGAAAAUCACUGCUUAUUACUUUGUCUGUACUGUAGCCAGGCUACCAGGCUCCCCUGAGGUUGCAGUAAUUGACUUGUCCGAUCCGUCUUUUCAACACGUUUUUCUUCCUCCGCUUCUUCUGUCCAACGUUUGCCGGAGGGACGGAGCUGCCACACAAAAGAUAUUGGCCGCAAUGUCAAAACUCUAGAGUGGACAAAACUGUGCUGCUGUAAUGAAUACUGCCUCGCUGCCGGCGUCAGCUCAGGUUUAAUAUCCCAAAUGUCCACUUCCGCUGCUCACAAUAAUGAAUAUUUAAUGCACUUGUCAUGCUCCAAAACCCCCCGCUCCCAAUGCAGAUUCAAAGGUCUGGCUUGAGUCAUCAUGCGUCUUUCCUCUGUUUCAUUACUCUGUGGCCCCCCUGGAGGGAGCAGCGAUUGACUUUUCUGGACCUCAUUAGAAAAUGUUUGUCUUUCUCUCUGUUUUUGACAUGUCCACUUGUUGCUAUAGAGGAAUGAUGUGGGCGGAGUUAUUGCAGGUGGAAAGAUUUUGCUGAGGACGCCGUUUUUCACAGCGUUGGCUCGUCAUGCUGGGCUGUGAUUGGCUAGAAAAGUUGAUAGUUCAGUAACUAGGGGUUAGGGUUAUCAUGAUAUUAUCACGAUACUUUGGCAACGAUACAAUAUUAUUGCGAUUUUUAACAUUUUGUAAUACAACUAGUAUUGCGAUACAAUAUAUUGCGAUUUAUACAAUUUUUUUUAACUGUUUAGCUAAUUUAGCAUUUACCUUUCCUUUAUGUUUGUCUUAUUUACACUGCAUUUUAUUUUCAUGUAGCACAUCUUACAAACCUUUUAUAUAUUUGUUGCACCAACUUUCUCCUGCUCUAUGAUGUCCCCUCUGCCAACCUCACUGGACAAACCAUUGAUUUUAUUUUUGCAUUAUCAUAGAUUUCACUUAGCAAUUCAUUUGAAAAAUCAAUACUUGGUAAAUGAGAUGAUACGAUAUCUCACGAGACAAAAUAUUGUGAUACAAUGCUGUAUCUAUUGUUUCUCCCACCCCUAUCACUUACAAGACUUUCUCCCAGAUACCCAUUUCUAUCCCAUGAGGAAAGUACCUCCUGUCGAUGGCUUAAACCUUUUUAUAAUGCUAAAGGUUGAGUUGUGUUUACAGUUUGGUUUAGGCUCCAAUACUUUACAUUGCAGUAAAAUAGCAUAUGGGCACCAAACCCAGAACACCAGCAUUGAUCUCCUGCAGGCUCCAUGUAAAGAAAAGACCUUGAGGCAAACUUUGGGCUAAGCAUUGAGGCAAUGCAUACCAGCCAGUCUCAGCAGCACAGUAGGACGGGGUAAGGCAGCAUAUCAUUGGAGUGUAAAAUAAUGCUUGUGAAAGUAAAUAUCUUACAUGAGAAAGCCCUCAAGGCUUACAUUACUCCUUGCUAAGUUGAUCAUUAAAUUUGCACUUUGAUCUCUUCCGUCAUAUAUAAUUUUUUGCAUCUACAUUAAUCCUGUUUGAAGGUGAGGGGGAAAAAAAACAUUUAUUUGGUACUUUCACCCUAACUCUUGCAUUAUGUAUGACAUAAUCCAGUCGUGUAAGCUUACCGCAGCAGGGUUUACUCAGACUGCGUUACUGUGAGUGUGUAAGAGACGAGGAACACAAGUUUUUACGAAGACUCCUCAAGAUAAACCAGGGCAAACCAGAUUGAAGCUUAUUAUGAAUGAAAUACUUUGUCAUGUUGUGUACACUAGAAAAAAGUGUUGAAGACUGAUUAAAAACUGACUUUAUUGCCUUUGAAUCUGUUGUGUCCUGAUCUGGCUGCCAGACUUACCUGCUUCAUAGAGUUUCAGGCUUUAUAUUGUCCAGGUAGAGUUCAUCUGAUUCAGUUCACAUCAGGCUAAACAUAACAUCCAUGAUGGGAUAAGAUUGAGAUCGAGACUGGUCAGUUUUAUAUUGCAUGAUGAAUGUGCCAUAUUGACCGGCGUUCAGGCUUAAGAUAUUGAAAAUAUUGAUAGUGAUUUUUUUUGUCUGAGGUCUAAGAGUGUGUGCAUGUGAACCUCUGGUUGUACAUGUGAUCUAACCAAUAUCAGGCCACAACAGGGAUCAGUGUGAGAGUAUAGAAGCAUGACAAUGGCAGGGCUGCGUUAUGGUGUCGGUGCUGUGAAGAUGCCCAGCUCAAAUAGCAUAUCCCCAGAUGAACUACGCAAUCUUUGUACACUCAUCGGCUGUUUCAAGUGUCAAUCAUAGAAAACAUGAACCCCCUAAUAACUUUUAAAAAUUAAGCUGCACAAAAAAAAGAGGACUUGAGCACAAACCAGUCUGACAGUAACUACAUGUCAACAUCGCAAGCAAGGGGGAGAAAAAUGUAUAUUCUGUGUAAUUAAUUUCUAAAGUUUGUCCACAGCUCCUUGGGGUUGUUGGAGGAGGAAGGAUUUAUGACCUAUACUGCAGGCCGUCACCAGAGGGUGCUGUUCUCGCGUUGGCGUCACCCAGUGAGGAGGCAGACGGAGCCCAUUGUACAAAAUAUUCCCAUUAGCAACUAAAUUAUAUCAUGCAAAAUUAAAAUAAGUAGGGGUAGCUCCAUAUUUUCCUUUUUUUGAGUUUGUCAUUACUGACACACUGCAGUGACCUGAUUUCCAUCAGUCCAGUUCAUGCACCACAGACCAAGAUUAUUUCACAUGGUAGGUUUUUCCUCUACCAGACUGGCACCUGUGGUUAAAAGAACUUGGAUAUCCAGAAACUGAGUCACCCAAGCCCCCUCAGAAAUGGCCUCCAGGUCUGCUUUGCUGUGCUGGAGUUAUGAGGUUAAAAGGAAAUUGACUUCUUCCUUGUCUGAAACUAUGAGAGACAAAGAAAAAGUUUGUUUUGCACAUCUGAGUAAACGCAGAUUUUGCUUUUUACUCUUCCACAGUGAUGACAUGUAUUUAAUAUGUCCUAUCCGUGCACUCCUAAGACCUACAUCCUGCACAGCGCUGAAGUUGGAUUGUGAGAUGUGUGCAACAUUGCUGCAAGCUAAUGUAUUGACUCAGAAUAAUGAGCAGAGUUGUCCUGGAAACAGAGAUAAUGUAUUUUUCCUACAGAAAAGAGAGGAAACAUGGUUUACAUUAAAACAGCUUUGUUUCAAGUUGUGCAUCUUUAAUGGGUGUUAGUUGACAGCAACAAGGCCAAGCUCUGGGACUCUUUCACAAUGUGAUAACGCUCCACUUUGUAAUAAAACUGAAUUCUGGGACAAUGUUUUACCCUGAGGACACAGAAGAGACAAAUGGCCUACAUUCAGUGGCUUUAUUAAAGGUUCUGCUUUUAAUUAUCUGCUUUGUUUUGCAACUUUAACAGGCUACAGUUGACAUUGUGUAGUUUGGCUUUGUUAUAAAGUUGUAUCUACUUGUCGUAUCUCCUUACAGGGUGAAAUUAUUAAUGCAGCGUGACAUCCUGCUUGUAGACUGAAAGGAUAUGACAAAAACGAACGUGUUGUUUUUUAUGUCCCAGCACUACAACCUGCAGCUCAUACGCUUCCCUAGAACAGCCUGGGUAAUGCGGUCCUCAGGAGUCGGCCUCUGAUUGAGGCGUGUUAAUGAGCUGAACUUCACAGCCAUAAUUGGGUUUUACAGUGUCAUUGAUCUUUAAGGACAAGGCCUUUUGAAAGUUUUAAUUUUCUCUGAGAUUAAAUCAUUGGGAUGUAAAUGUCAUGUGUGGUACCCUUUAGCUCCACGCUGAAAGCUAUUUGUUUUCAUUAGCAACGCCUUGAAAAGUUGCCCUUUUUCCUGAUUUACUGUGUCACAUUCUGUAACACGCUUUGCUUCUUUCUCACGUCGGACCGGCCUUACUCGAUGAAAGCAAUAAAGAUAAAGUUUACGGUCUUGUAAGUCUUUAGGUACGAUGUUACUGGACAAACUUGGACAUUCACUCACUCUCUUUAGAUGAACCAGACAGGAUGAUACAACUCCACUGGGACAUGUUAACCCUUCACCUUGGAGAAGGGAUGCGAUGAUGAAAAACACAGUGAUAGAAUGAUCCCGUUCAAGAUAAUCAAUAACAUGAAACUCUCCACUCAGUUAUGAAAUAUUGCUUUAACUUGAUUGGGAAUGAGGGAUGCUGAUCCCACAGAUGUUGCAUCCACGGUUUACCCUUGAGAUGCCACUUUUUUAGGGCAGGUUUUGCUGACAGGGGAGCUGUCAUAUUCGAUAACUCACUCUUGGUGUACCUGAAAUGCUCCCACACUGCCGACUUCCCUCAUUUCUUAAGAGGAUACAGAACUUUGCAGCGCUGUCCCUUUGCUAUAGUUAAACUAAUGUAGCUUAGCCUCUGAGUGUCUAGACAGGCUGGUGCACCUCAGGUUUUUCUUUGUUUUCAUUCUGUGCAGGUUGUGCUGCAUGUGAUGUACCAGGCUCUUUUUGAGAGGAGCACUUGGUGUCUAUACAAUUAAAGAAGCACAAUAUGUCAAAGUGCCUUCAGUCUUAACUCUUGUUUAUAGCUGCAUCCCCUCUUUGUGGAACUUAGUUUUCUAUUUGCUGCUAUGAAGAGCUUCCAGGAGAAAAAAAACGUUCUUAGAAAUUUUUGCUCUCACUUAUAAUAUGUUUUUCAGGGUAAGAAAUAGAUAAAUAUGAUAUUAUAAAAUUAAACACCUGAAAAGUCUUCUGUCUUAUAAGGCUGUAAUCAACCAAAGAAAUUCUUGGUCAACUAAAACCCUGAAAUUUCUUACCAAAAAUUAACUAACUCUAACCGCAAACCCCUCUGCGUGGGGGACUAUGUUGCUCGGCGGAGCAAAAAUAUACGGGCAUGGAUGGUAGAGGACGACUCACAUACAUACUGUUGAAAUGCUCAAAAUAAAAAUAAAUACUUAGCAAACCACCGGACAUUGAGUAAUGUGAACGCUUUACAAUCUCCCUGUCCCUAACCGGUCUCCAGUUGUUUGGGCAAAUCCAAAAUGGUGAAAACAAGGUUGUUAUCUGUGAAACGGGGGGAAAACCAUAGACUGUAAAUUGACACAGAAAAAAAUUGAGUCGACCAAUCAGAACUUUGGUCGACUUAGCACAGGUUGGCCUAAAAGUCGACCAGUCGACUAGGACUUUACAGCCCUACUGUCUAGUUUUUCUCCUGUGUUUCUUAUAGCAUUUCUUCCUCUACCUAAAUUAAGGAGUUACUUAGGCUCUGCUAACUAUUAUUAAAGAAAAUACUGUCAAUGAAAAAAUUUUUUUUUUUUUCAUGCAUCUGCCGGUAACCAACAAUGGCCGUGCAUGCAAAUCUCUAUUUACUAAAAGCAUUCACAAUAUUUAGAGGCCAAUCUCACACAGCAUGGAGAUAGAUAGGCAGAAAUAGCGCACACAAAUUAAGAAUUGUUCAAGGACAGUGUGAUAUAUAUUGAUAAAUAUAUACGUCAGCAAGCUGUAAAAAUGCUUUUCUGUCCGACAACAUGCUCAGCAGUUGGUAUUCUUGUUUUUAAGAUCACGUUUGAGCUUUAAUGCUCAUAUGGAGGAGAAGACAGUGAAUGGGAAGAGAAAGUGAGGGAUGCUGUGCCACUGUCCUGAUUUGAACCCAGGCAGGACUACAACCUCUGUGCUCAGUUUAACUGCCAAGCUCAAUGCCCGUUACGCAGCCUUUUUUGAGGCAACCUUAAAAACAACAACAGGCAGAAGCAAUAAAACACAGAGACUAAAAAGUUUGUUUGUUUAUUUAUGUGAAAGCAUUGAAUUCUUGCACUAAUAGGACUCGUGUUCUUAUAAAUGAUCCAAAUACCACAUUGUGUUUUUUAAAAAAAAGAUGUGCCUGCAGAGUUUAAGAGGCUUUCUUUUCCCCCCUCUCUGUCAUUCAUGUUGGCUCUGGCCUUGAUUCAAUUCCUUCCAUUGAUGCUUAAAUGUAAAACAGUGUGACAGAAAAACACUUAACACUUGUGUGUAUUUCUGUACCACUCCAGCGGCUUACUCUCCACUCUCUGUUCUCCCCCUCAGGUCUGCGUCUUAAUCUCUAAUGAUGAUUAAUGUGGGCUCUGUGCGUAUUGGCAGCACUGUGUUAUUGGCAUACUGACAGGGUUGUUAAGAUGGAUAACUAUGCAAGAGGGUCUCUGUAUGUGUGAGUGUGUGAGCCCAAACUUCGCAGCCCCCCCUCCUUUCUGCAGCUUAGCUGUGAAAUCAAUUGAUUUGUGUGUCUGGUCAAAGAAGAAAAUGGAUUUGUGAAAGAGGCUGAAAAACAACACCUAAAUUAAACUUUUCUCUAAAUUUUCUGUUGUUGAAACUGUUUCAAAGUAGAGUGAUUGAAAUCCAUAAAGUAGAAUGUAUAUUUUGAUGAGUUUGCUGUGUGAUGCAAAAAAUUCAGCUUUUCAAAGUUUUUACCUCUUGUGUUUGCAGGAAAUGGUCCGUAGAGGAGAAAUCCUGGACGACAGUAUGGAGGACGAGUUCUACCUUCGUCGCCUGGAUGCUGGAUUGUUUGUCCUUCAGCUGAUCUGCUACAUUAUGGUGGAGAUCAGCAACUCAGGAAUAUCUCAGGUACACAAACACACACACUGGGGAUGGGCGAUAUGGGCUAAAAAUUUAUCACGAUAAGAUUUGCCAUUCUGGCGAUAACGAUAAAAGUCCUGAUAAAAAAUAGUAUAAUUCUAAUCUAUAUUUUUUACUCAUUUUCUCUUGAGAACAGCAGUUGGAGUAGUCAAAUGGGAUACUUAACCACAAGUUUGAGUGAAAGGUUAUGGAGAAAACUUAAGACAUCAAACAAGUCUCAAAUGUCAAAACAUUUUCAACAUUUGUUAAAAACUCUUAUUGCACAGAGUGAGCAGCAGCAGAUCCUCUGUCUGAUGUGAGGCAUACCUGAGUGCACUCAUCUAAACCCAAUCUUGAAGGAACUCCCUCAUGUGGAGCCUCCUUCAGUAACAAGCUGCUUAGAAUCGUCUUCUUCAUCACCUUCGGCCAUGUUUGUUUGUUAUUCUGUUCUGUGUGGGCUAUGGCUGCGAGUUCGCCGCUCACAAUCACGUCAUCAACUUGCAUUUAUUGUAUUUAUCAUGAGGUGGAAAAUAUUUAUCAUGGAGGAUUUUUUUGACGAUAAUUUAUCGCCCAUCCCUAACACACACACAAUGAAUCUGACUUGUCCAGUGAGUUUCCUCUCUAAUUAAUUAUUGAUACACGUUUGAUCUGAAAGGCUGUGAAGCAGACAGGAGUCAGAUAUCUGUUUGUAAUGAUGUUGGGUUUGUUGAUGCUGUGCACCUUAAGUAGGCAUGUUACACUCUGGCUGUUACUCUGCCACCAGGGAUCUUUAAUCUCUCAUGAAAAUCUGCUCAUAGCUACAUACAGUAUAAUUAUUGGUUGUAAUGUUGCAACCAUGUACAUAGCAGUUGACACAAAAACACAAACUCAUUUCAGCUACAGCAUUAGACUAACUCCCAAUCUUAAAGUGAAGGUUAAUUAGCCCAUCUUGAUUACAUAAGUAUUGGCUGCCACUCUGUUACUCUGUCACCUUCUGUCUUUUUCAUGCCUGCAGAGUUAUUGGCACAUUCAGUGUUAUGUUUGUCUUAGGAAGCAGCACUGCUAACCAGUGUUAGCUCUUUCUUUAAAUACUUUAGCUGUCAAAGCAACUAGUGAUAAACAUUGACAAACUAUCACCACAACGUGCACAAGCAAGUUCCUCAGACUCAGACCAUAGGUAAUCAACUCCUGGAAAUUAUUUUUCUGAGGACUUUCUGAUAUUGAGUGAUACAUCAUCUUUUAGAUGUCUGUCCUCCUGGAGUACAAAAACAGAGAGAGCACUCACUGUCACUGCGUAGGGAUGAAUAUAAAGUGACUUCAGUGCCUCUUAUCCAGAAGUGCAAUUUGACAAAAUACUUGAACAAGUGUAACAAACACCAAAGACGCACAGUAAAAACAGAGGAAAAUAAGAUAUCUGUGCAACUCAGGCUGUCAGCGUUUUUCUGAUCCCUUUUUUACUCUGCAUCUCAGCUUCAGCAGAGGGUCCACCAAAUCCUCAACCUACGAGGAGGUUCGGUCAAAGUAGUGCGCCACAUCAUGAGAGGUAAGGUUUUUUAAAUUUCUCUGUACUGUUGUUUGUCUAAUACAACGUGAACUUACUAAUAGCCUGAUUUAGAUAGAAUUAAAAAAAAACUGUUAAGAAAUAAUCAGUGAAUGCACCAGGAUUACUUCUUCUGUAUAUUUAUUUUAACUCAUUGGUUGUCAUGAGUUAAUCAUGACAGGUUUAGCCAGGCCAUUCACUCCAUGUUUGUCUUUUUUUAACAUCAAAUCUUUUCUCUUUGACUUAUGUCCAAAGUAUUCGUCUUCCCUCUGCUUCAACUGCAGUAACAGGCUCUGUUAGGCAAAACAUUUUACAGUUGAUUCACAUCAAACAAUGCCCUCCUACUCUGCAGGUAGCUCUUAAUGCAAAACAUAUGACCAGAUCACAGCCAGACUUACUUAAUAACUUACUAAACACAAUACAAUAUGUUGAAUCUACUGCUAAAAAUGCAGAGGUAGAAAAACACCCAAACAAGCAUGGCUAGCGCUCCAGAAGAACCCAUGCCAGUAUCAAUUCUUGUAACACAUAUACAUUAACACUGUAGCUAUAAUCAUAAGAUGGCGACACGCGGGGAUGGUGCAUCAGCUUUUGUUAGGUCAUGAACUGUCUGCAAAAAUAGUUUCAUACUCUUCAAACAAAUAAAACACCUCCAACUUUGACCUGCAUGUUCUCCUUGAAUAUGAAGAAAAACCAACUGUUUUCUUUGGACCUCUGGUGCUGGGACAGAAUACAGAUGUGUGUGUUGAUAUCUGCACACAACAAAAGAAAGACUGAUGUGUCUGACUUUUACCCUUGACACCUGCAACACUGAAACAAAACCAGGAAAUAGAAUCGCUUGAAAAGUGGGAGUGCUUUUGGAUGCCAGUCUUUAAGUGCUUUUUGACCACAGAAAAUGUUCCCAGGAAUGAGGAACCUUUUUGAGACCUCUGUGUUUUGAUGGCAGGAACCAGAGUCAAAAUUUGGUUCAGAUCCACCCCAUGAAAAGUCCUUGCUCAGGGGGUGGUACUUUCCAAAUCUUAGAGGGGCAAUCUCAUUGACUGAAAAAGAACAAGUCAUUACUAGACAGUCUUGUGGGUUUGGCCAUAAUGAACAUUUAGUUACUUGGCAUUAAGUUGGUCAAAAUGCAUGUUAUGCAGUUCACCCCAAUUCAAAUGGCCUUGUAGAAACUCUGUUCUCUCAGUUGGCGGGCUACAGACACAGUGCAGAGGCCUUUUCACUGCCACUGUCUUGGAGUUUCUUGGCUGGAGGAUGGCUUGUGUAGAUGCUGUAUGUAUAGGCGAGGAAAAAUGUAUUUUUCAUUAUGUUUAGUUCUCAUAAUUUUGAAAAAUCCCAUCGCCAACUUGCUCUGGCAGGGCAGCAGCCAUUGGGGGGAAGUGUUGGUACAAUCGCUGCUCUUUGGCUGUUGUUGUUUGAUACUGGGCCCAAGCUGUUCGCCUGCCAAAGAGCGUGUGUUGGCACAAGAAAAAUACAAUGAAUGUCAUUUUUUUAACUGUUGAACAGAAGACGAAUGCUAAAGCAAUGCUGAAUAUUGUGUAUCUUAAUUUCUUGUUAAAGAUGACCCAGAUUUAUUUAUUUUUUGUCUGUAUUAUCUAAGCCACUGUUUCACAGGUUUAUGUCAUGUAUGCACUUGUAUUUUUAAGCAGCUGAGCUGGUCAUGCAUUAGACUUGAAUUUAAAGAGAAAAUGAUUUUUAUUCAAUGCUAUGGCAGAAAUCAGUAAAACAAAUACUUGAGAUAAAGAUGUAAAAAAACAUACCUGUUCAUUGAUUCUGUUAAUGUUUAAGCGAAUUGACGGUCAAACAACCCAGAAAUACAAGCUGCUGUAAAAUAUGCAGUAUGAAGUAAUACAUUGCUCUAGUUUGGGACUGUUCUUUUUCUUUUUCCCUGUGAGUUUCUGUCUGCCAUAUUUGUUUCUGUUUGUUUUUCAAAGUGCUGGCAGGUGUGUUAUUUUCCUCCCAAAGUGACAUUCAUCCUUCCUGUAUCAUUGUCAGCUAAAGCUGGAGGACAAGCCUUCGUUCACACAGCCUCUGGCUCUCAGUGGCAUGUAGCGCUGCAGAUAGAGCCAUCCGUCAUGCAUGGCGGUGCCAGCGAGCGUGGCAUUUCUCCAGUUUGUGUGUCUCUCUGUGUGUGUUUGGGUAUGCGUCCCCUUAAUGUGCCGGUGUGUUACUUUUGUUUGGAUCUGUGUAAGCACAUGCUUGUGAGGAGAGUUUCCACACAACAUUUGUGCUUACUAACGUGAUUUUUUGUUUGUGGUUGCAAAAUGCUGCCAUUAGCAUGUUUACAUAUUUAUGCAUGCAUGACCAUGUCCUUGCUAGCUUUCCAUUUGCAUGUUUACCAUAUCUCUAAGAAAAGGUGUGUACAUGUUCAGUUUGUAUUUAUGUGUGCCCUUGCAUGUAUGUAUUUAAAUGCAGACCUUCAUACAUACUAAUGUGCAUGUUGACUGGGCCUGUCCUUGUAUGUUCUUGGCUUGACAUAUUUAUUAAUUUGUUGUAAAUUGAGUUUGUGUUGAUGUAGUGUGUGUGUGUGUGUGUGUGUGUGUGUGUGUGUGUGUGUGUGUGUGUGUGUGUGUGUGUGUGUGUGUGUGUGUGUGUGUGUGUGUGUGUGUUUUAUGAGCUGUGUGGUUGUGCAUCUGUAUCGUGUAACUCUGUGUAACCCUUCUUCCUCAUCAAACCCUGCUCACUCCUGCAGGAAAAGGUUGGGCACAUGCGGAGCAUGUCGCCAGCUCUAACAUCUUGACCUCACUGGCUUUAGAUCACUGGUCUGCUGGAAUGAGACGAGGAGUGUGAGCACAAUAGAAGAGCAGCAUCGGUUUUAUUGAAUUAGAGAAAAAAAAAAACUACUGUGGGGUUAACAAUCAAAGAACUGGAUGGGAUGUGAUUUGAUCACAUGGUCACACUGGUUGGCAGAGCAAAAAGCAGUGAUCACGGAGGUGGUUUUAUUUUGAUAUGGAGACAGUAGUGCUCAUUUUAAGACAACAUUUAUAGUCUACUGAAAGUGUUGUGUCAAGAAUAAGAAGAGAUCUGGAGAAAAUAAUUUAGGUGCUGUCUCUUUUCUCACCUUCACACAGCUGUCCAAGCAAAGUGGGAAGUGGGUGUUAAUGUUGUCAGUUUCAGAAGUUCUUGAAGUUAGCUGACACAGGCCCCACCAUGACCUUUGGCCACAGCCUGAUAAAAACUUCCCAGAAAUGAAACUGCAUGUCUUAUUGGCAAGCACUGCACCAGAUCUGAUUGGUCCAUUUAGCCAUACUGCAGAAACUACACCUGACACAAGUUUAAGGCUAAACUUUAGGGAUUAUUGACAGUCUUGGCAUCUAUAGGAGUAUUAUGUAUUGAUAUUUUCUGUAUUAGUAACUUUAGUAAAACAAACUGCCUCAUGGGGACAUACAUUGGCCGUUGAAAAUGCAGCUUUAGAAAUGACGUCACGUGUUACCCUUAUUAUUAGAUAAACUUUCUUUUGUGUGAAUCUGUUACUGCUGUAGUUUUCCUCAAAAAGCCUUGACAUUUGUUUUAAAGAGCUCUGCAGAUGGCUGACUCAUGCUCACUGUAAUCAUUUUUCUCCAGAUUACCUUUUAUGGUCACAUUUGAUCUCUUUAUAAACCUCAAGAUGCCUUUCAUGUUGAACAAAAAGUUGAAGCCUGUUUGUACUUGUUUUCAAGGUUAUCUGAAAGCACGUCUACGUAUAGACUCCCGCUAUAUUUGAAGACAUUAUAGUGGUCAAUUUACCACGCCACACUAUCACCCAUGCCAGCCGUCCUUUGUGUAGCUGGAUCAGACCAGCUUCAGACUGGUAUAACCGUAUUUAAAAUGCUUUGUGGCGCCCUGGCUGCAGCUGUAAUCACACUAUAAGUCCUACAGUGUGUCCCUUUCCUUGGCUGCUCCUGCUGCUGCUGCAGAGACUGCUCCUGGAAAUGAUUCUCCUUGUACUCAUGGCAGAUCAGUCCCAGUCACUGACCUGAGUAAUGGCCAUGCUCAGUACUGUAUUGUCCUCUGCCGCGUUGCCGUGGUGACAGGAGGAGAGACUACCGGCAUGCCAAAGAAAAGGUUCUGCAGAGAGUUGAGGAGUCACCGAAUCUCUGACCUUUCUGUCUGAGAGGCUGACUGCACCGCCAUUUAUAGACACAGAGAGACACACAGGAACACGACCACAAUGACAGGCGGCUGAUGAAAGAGGCCGCAGGUUUUCAUGUUAUUUUUAUUUUUUUGGGUCACUGUACCGUGUCUUCACACCGACUUUUUUCAGUCAGCCUCAAAAUUCUGACAUGUUGACUUCAGUAUCAUCCCCCACGGAUGAAAUUAAAACCUCUGGUGCUUCCACUCAACAGCUCCAUACCUCCGGAUAAUGCUCCAGCCUUUCACUUUUAUAACCUCACUUCCACCUUUGAGGUCUCUCUAGUCCCAACUCUCCUGAAAAUAACCAAUAAAGGAGUGACCUCUGUGCUCCUUGGUGGACUGCUGUCACACUGUGCAUCCUCUGACCAGAAGUGAAAACUCUACAGGAACUCUUCACGGAUCUUUCUGGUCCUUCAACCCCUUGACACGGCUGAGAACUGGAGUUGCACCUUAUCAAAAAGAAGAAAAACAUGCAAUUUUAUCCUUUACCAAUCUAUGAUGACGAAAGUUGUAAUUGAAUCACUCAGUCCUGUAGGUGUGAGCAUGUUUAUGAAUGGUUUUUCCUAUCUCCUGGUGCACCUCAAAAAGUUUCCAUCCUUUCAGAAAGGAAAAGUUUCAAAUAUUCUGAUUUGAGUGUAAUGCAAACUUUUUCAAGCCUUUUUGCUCUAGCUUUAAAGGAAAUUUUGACACCUAUUCAUUCAUACACUAACUGCUCAUGCUCGGUAGUAGUUUUGGUGCUGUGUGCAGGUACCAAGUCCUGUAAGCAAAGGAAAUCAGCAUCUCAGUGUUAUAAACUGUUGCUUGUUUCGAAGACUUUUUGACAAAGCGUCUGAGCCCGUCUUUCCGGCCAAGUCACUCCUCACUUCAUUGAUUGCACCAUAUUUCUUGAUAAUAACCAGAAGCUAUAAAUAAAAACAAAAAUGGCGUCCCUGGUUGUUUAAUUAUGGAGGUCAGUGUUCUUGUUUUCCUCCAGCACUAAUGAAGACAAGUUGUGUUCCUACACAGUAUCUCUGAGGUCCCUCUUCAGUCCCAUUAUGCCUGUCACUCUCCUUUAUGCACAAUCUAAUAACAUGAAAACAUUCCUCCCCUCUUGAAAAACCAAAUCUGCUCAGUGUCUCUGACAGCCGUGUUUCGUCCUUCUAAACCCUGCGGGCUCUUGUCAGGAAAGCCCCCUUCAUUCUCUCCUCUCUGCAGUGUCUCCCUGAGAAAAGAAGUCUUUUUCAUCUUUCUGUCUCGACAUCCCUGGGUUUAAUGUGUAAUCCCUGCCUCAGAGGCUGGCUGAGAGACAGAGCGAAUGCACGGGCUCCGCUGAGGCUGCGGCAGCUGCAAAUUUCUCUUUCUGCACAUUAGACUCACAAAUCGACCGUUCUCCGGUCUCGAAGGCCUCGUGUGGGAGGCAGACGUACCAAAUGAAGAAAACAUUCAAACACUCAGAAGCACAAAAUGAAGUAUGAGCACUGCACUGAACACCUGAACCGUUUAGUGUUCACACCACGAGGACACACAGUGGAUCUCAACACAGCUGAAGAAAUGCAACCUCAUAAUGUUUAAGCUCUUCUUUUUUAAAGGGGAAAAUUAAGUAAUCAGGUAUUUUGUUACUCGGUAUGAUCAGGAAAAAGUGUAGGGCUCAUCAGGUCUGAAAUAAAAUGUGUAAGAGUCAUAAACACAAAGAACAGCUUCGGUGUUAUUUAUCACAGAGUACAAUGACAUCCAGAAAGAGGUUCUCUCAACCCUAAAGUUACAGCUGCUCUCUAUUCUUUCUCAUUAUUCUGAGCCUUAAAUUAAGAAGGGAACAAUCAUUUCCUAUAUCCCCAACUGAGCAACAAGACACUGCACCGACCAGGCAAAAGAGCAAUUAUACUAAAACCCGGGACUCUUGAGUAAGGCAAUAUGUUUGGGAUAAUUUAGUUACCUCCCCAGGGUAACAAUGUGGUUUCCUACAUGUGUGUGCGUGUGAUUUAGCAGGACUUCAAAAGAAGUACAGUUUCAAUUGUCAUGAAACCUGGGAAAGAGGCUAGGAAUGCUGGAAUCUGAGUUCUGCACACGCUCAAGUAGGGCUGUAAAGUCCUGGUCGACUAGUGGACUUAUUGGACACUGAGUCGACCAAAAAUUCUGAUAGGUUGACUCAAUUUUUUUCCAUGUCAGUUUACAGUCUAUGAUUAAUUUCAUCAGGAGGAAUGUACCAAAUACUAAUGGGGGUGUUUUCAGAGCACCUCCGUUUCACAGGUAACAGCCCCUCUCAGAACAACUCCCUUAUUUUCACCGUUUUGGAUUUGCCAAAAACCAAACCAUCUGGAACCAGGAAAAUUGAAGAACGUUCACGUUACUCAAUGUCCGGUGGUUUGCUGAAUAUUUAUUUUUAUUUUUAGCGUUUCGACUUUCAUUGUGUUUAAUUGCCUUCUUGUGCUGAUAUCACCCUUCCAAGCUGCACUCCAAUAAGCCCCCGCCCCCCGCCCCCCAAUUAGUUGAUUUUUGGUAGAAAAUUUCAGGGUUUCAGUCAACCAAACCAAGAAUUUCUUUGGUUGAUUACAGCCCUGGAAGACCUUCACCUGGAAGCUGAACAGCGUCAAGCUGGUGCUCGUUUCUCUAAAUGUUAUCACCUGUGUUUUCAGGUCAAAUAAUCCUCUGUCUUGUUUUGUCUGUUGCAGAAUAUGCUGAGAGCAUCGGAGACGGAAAGAGUGACGAGUUCAAAGAAGCGGAGCGGAAGAGGAUCAUGGACCUUUUAGACAACUUCUAAUCUGAAGUUGUAGCUUUCAUGUUUUCACACCUGAGGACGUCCAAACCAGCUGAUUUGAGCUGAAGGUGACUGUGACCAUGACCCUGUAGCACAAAACAGUCUGUAGGCAUGUUUACAUGUACAGCAACACUGUCAUAGCUGGUCUGCUUCAACCAGAGAAAAUUCUAAAUAACUUGAUUUACAAGAAUUACUUCUUAUCUUUCCUGACCUGUGAGAUGUAUUCACUCAUACAGCUGUGGAAAACACUUUUAGUUUGCUUAGUUCUUUUUUGGUCAUUGAUAUGUAUCUUCAUGUGCAGAAGGACUGGUUAAGAUUCAAAGAUUGCCGUGCAUGUAAACCUGCUCACAGUAGAUUCAGCAGGAGUCGAGUUUGGAGAGCAGGAGAUUGUAGCUGGAGUGAAACAGAGAAAAUGAGAUAUACUCAGAGUGACUGUGGAUAAUUACAGCCAGGCUUUGCAGACAUCUGCAAACUUAAUAUCUCUCCCUCAGCUCUCCCGCUUUACCUGCUUUGUUUGUUUUGGAUUUGAGUGUAAAAUAUUUUCUAAUAAAACAUUUGGUAAUAAAAAUCUGA